GGGCAUGGGCAGGUGGGAAGAGCAGGCUAAGUUUGGCCCCUGUUAGGAGGAGGGAAGCGGGAGCAGGAGGCAGGCUGCUGUGCGUGGGAAAACUCAAGGCAGGCUCUGGUCUCCUUCUUCUCCCUCCCCCCUUCUCUCCCCACUUCCCUGCCUUUGGGGGCCAGGCCUGCCAGCCUUCCCUUUUUCCUUUUUGCCUGUGCUGGGGGAAGCAGCUGCUGGUGCCAUGGCUGCUGAAGACUCCAGCUCCCUGCCCUGGUCCAUCAACAAGGAUGAUUACGAGCUGCAGGAGGUGAUUGGUGAGUGGGGCCGGGCACUUGGGGGGUGGGAAGGACGAGGAGGCCGGGGGGUGGUGCUGCUCCCUCCCCAGAUCUCUCCAGCUAGGCCUGGCAUGGCCAAAAUGCAAGGAAGAGGAGGGUGGAUAUUGCAUUUUCUAGGGGGGCUGCACUUUUGCACCGCGUGUGCGUGUGCCUAGGAGUUGCUUUCCUCCCUCUCCCUCUCUUUCUGUGUGUUGGGAUUCCCGUGUGCAGCAUUUAAUCCUGCCUUUUCAGCUGGAGGAGAGGAGCACAAGGGGGUGUGCCUCUGCCUGGCAUUUUCGCGUGUGCACUUGGGAGUGCGUAGGUCUGCGAAGGGCUGGCCUCUCCAGGUCUGUGUCAGGGCAUCUGACACUUUCUCUGCUCCGCUCUUUCCCCUGAAAUCUUGGGCCAAAGGGCCCAGAUGGGUUUACAGUGACUGUUUUGUGUCGACAGGGUGGCCUCCCUUGUGAAACGGAGUCCUCUGCCCCUGGGGAGGAAACACUUCUGAGCCAAGCAUUGUGGGCACCUUAUAUGUCGUGCUUGCGGAGUGGAAAUUAUAUCUGUGGUGUGUAUGUGUGUAUGUAUAUGUGUGUGUAUAUAUAUAUAUGUGUAUACACACACACACACACACACACACACACAUAUAUAUAUAUAUACACAUGUGUGUGUGUGUGUAUAAAUAUAUGUAUGGCACACCUUGACCCCUAUCUUAAAUGUCCUUUUCUGGCUACAAGUCUUGCUGAGGUCAAAGGGGUUGUGAAUAGUGCUCUGGAUUGCAGCCCGGAAAGAACCAAAUUAAUGUUGGGAAUUGCAUGUGUCAUGUUCAUGCAAUGAAAAGCACAGAGUGGGCAUUGUGUGCUUACGGGCGUGUGCAGGUUGUGUAUAUAUGUCAGGAUGUGUCCGGCAGCUCUUAGUGGUGACAGGCAAGCCUCUUUCUUGGAGCUGUGUGGGUGGUGCUGGGUGGUGGUGCUUUGGAGGUGGGGGCCUUGCAUGUGUUGCGCCUGCCGCACGUGUGCUUUGGUGCUGGCGGGUGACCCAGUUCCGGAAAUAAUAGUUUUCUGGAUGCCUUUUUUUCAUUCAUCUGGAGGACCAUGUGUGUCUCCCGGGAGCUCAUGGUGUAUGCCAGUUUCAUCUGGGGAAAGCUUCAGUAUUGGCAUUCUUGCUUUUCAAAAUAUUGUAGAGCUUGCUAGGUGGGAGAGUCAUGCUUUCUCAUGCGAAGUUGGGGCUAAGGUGUUUGUGCAUGCGUGAACAUGUGUGCCCUGAGCUGCUUGGCUGUGGUAGAUGUAUGAGAUUCUGUGGAAUUUGGAGUGUGCUGAAGUGAUUACCGUGGACCUGAGAGAUCAGGGCUUAAAUCCCUACUCAGCCUUGAAGCUCACUGGCUAACCCUGGGUCAGUCACCAUCUCUUAGCCUAACCCACCUCACUGGGUUGUUGUGAAUAUAAAAGGGGGAGAGCAGAACCAUAUAUGACUCCUUGGGAUCUUUGGUGGAAAGGUGGAAUAUAAACGUAAUAAAUCUGUGCCUGAUUUGGAGGUGAAGGAGCACUUGAGUCGAGUGUUCUCAUGCAUAAUACCAUUGUAUGCACCCCAUUUUGUACACAAUUAAAAUACCUGGAUCUUAUUUUGUAGGCACACAGCUAUAGUUACAUGCUACCAGUUCAGUACGCCUACUCCUGCAUGUGUGUAUUCCUGUACAAAGCUCUACAGAUGAUAUCUGUUGGCGUUAGCGCUGUAGGCUUUCGUGGGAUCUCUGUCUUCUCCCAGGGGAAUGGUGUGUUGCGACUUUGUACCGGGUUGUAGGUAUCUGCAGGCCUGCAGCUACUCUCCCUGUUAAUGAUGCUCCACGGAUGAGGUGGUUUGAAUACCUGUGGUUUGAAAGCUCUGGGGGUGUGGCUCUGCUAUCAUUUAAGGUUUUUGUAACUGGAUCCUUGCUCUCUGUCAAACUUUCUCUUGCUGGAGCUGUGGAGAUACAAGGUGCACCAUAGAAUUUUCAUUUUUUAUAUUUCCUCUUUGCAUCUUUAGUUUGCUGUAACAGAUGCUCUUGCAUUUCAGUUCUUGGAGGUGCAUCUGUAAAGCUCAGGAAGAGGUAAAAACUCUUGAGGAGGUGUUAGCUGCUGGAGAUUUGGGGGUCUGUUGCAUUGUGGAAGUCAUUGUGGGCUUGCAAAGUAAGCAUUUUAGUGUUGGUGCAGCCUUGCAAAUUUAUAACGUAUUGCUGAAACAGUGUUUGUCGCCCUUCAUCCUGACACCUACUCUUGUGUGGUGACUCUUCUUCCCCGCCUUGGGGUGUGAGUUCAUUGGGAGGACAUCAGUGUUUGUGACCUUGGAAUGGAUGGUGGGUCCAUAGAGUUGGUGCCGAAAGCUAAAGGAAGCCCCAGUCCCAAGUCCAAGGAAGUUAGCUAUGUAUUUGUGACACCUCUGUACUGCUCAUCAACCAAGUUCUCUGGUUUUAUCAUAAUCAGCAAAGUCAGUCUAAAAAAGUGAUUGGGCACAAAGCAAUCUAAAAUUUUUUAUAAAAGCAUCCUGAAGCCCAGCAUGGAUUAGUCCCAAUGAUCUGAAAUGUCCCCUCCUCAAAACUAUAUACCGUAUUUUUUGCACCAUAACACUCACCUUUUUCCUCCUAGAAAGUAAGGGGAAAUGUCUGUGGGUGUUAUGGAGCAAAUGCCUGCGGGUGGCGUGGGGGAUCUGCUGCAGUCGUGAGCAGAGGAUCCAUGGUUCCUCUUCCUUUCCCCCUCCGUGGUUACAAAGCAUGGAUCCACAUGGAUCCUCAGGAUUUUUGCAUUGGGCUACUCCAAACUCACUGUCAGAUCACAUGUCUGUGGCCACAGCAUGAACCACAAAAAUCAUAUAUCCACUAUUUCGUUUAGAAUAUUUUUUUCUUGUUUUCCUCCUCUAAAAACUACGUGCGUGUUAUGGUCUGGUGCGAAAAAUACGGUAAUUAAAAGUUAGGGGAUUUUUAAAAAAAAAACAAAAAAAGAUGUUUAGUUGGCACUGGAAAGACCAUAACAGAAGUAUCGGAUGAGCCUCUCUAAGAAAAAUAAUAUGCAACUGGGGUGCCAACACUGCAAAAGGCCCUCCUCCUGGUGACCUCUCACCUUGACUCAUUAGGAUGGAAACCUGGAGAAGCACCUCUGCUGAAGAUCUAUUCUUAAGGGCCAGAGAGGGAUACCUGACUGGAAGUGAUCCAAGCUAGUCACAAGCUGUUGAGGGCUUUAAGGGUGCUUUGAAUUGGGCUUGGAAAUCAAGGGUGUGGGUUUUCCAGAAAACUGUGACUUGUAAAAUUCUCCUGUGAAUUUUUAUCAACAUUUUCAGUUUGCAUUGGAAAAUGUUACAGUGCCCACCAGAGCGAUCUGAUUCAGCGUGUUUGUUCCACUCGCGUUGUUUUAAAAAGCCGAACUUUUCUGAAACUGCCCUGCUUGCCUAAUUUUUUUAUUUGCAGUUGGCAUCUCUUCUUUGUUACAAACGAACAUAUAAGAUGGAAUUUUCCCCGUGAGAUUUUUCCGUCCCAUAUCCCUGACUGGAAGCCAGUGCAGGUCACGGAGCCUGGUGUGAUGUGAUCAAAACUGCCAGCCCCAGUUACGAUAACCCUGGUGCCUCACACUCUAGGCCUGUUGAAGUUUCCAGACCAUUUUCAAAGGCAGCCCCAUGCAUAUCACUGUGCUGCUGUAAUAUCCCCACUAGGAGGUUACCAGAACCUCAUUAACCGUUGUAAGGCUAUCUCUGCCCAACUAAAGUUGCAGUUGGCCUAUCUGCCAAAGCUGAUGAAAGUGACUGUGCUGAAUCGAAUAGCACCCCCAGUUGUCAAACCUCCUCUUUGGAUGGAUGGAGCAGAAUGCGAACCAUUAAAUGAGCAGAUGAACCACCCACUAGUUCCGCUUCUUGAGAUCAACUUGGCAAAGGCUGCGCUAACAGCUCCUCUGCCUUGCCGGGAUUGAGGCUCCAUUCACUGGCUGUCAUUCAUUCCAUUUCCAUUCCAAAGCUGUGGUUCAGAACACCCACUGAGUUACCUGGAUUAGAUGAAAAGGAGAUAAAGAGCUGGGUGUCACCCGCAUAUUGGUGACACACCAGCCCCCACCCCUCGGUGACCUCUCCCAGUGGUUUCAUGUAGGUGUUAGAUAGCCCGGGGGAUAAAAUGGAGCCCUGUUGAACCCCAUGACAUAACUGAGAUAGGUCAGGGCAAUAACCCCCCAGAGUAAUAAUUCCUUGAAUCAACCAUCCAAGUGAGAGCACCAUCAUUGCCGUGUAGGUCCUCUGGGCCCCAAACCAGGCAAAAAGUAACCAGACAGAUACUGUGAUUGAUGGUAUCAAAAGCCACUGAGAGGUCCAAUCAACAGGCACUUUGGUGUGAUCUCUGGGAAAGAUGCAGCAGGGUGAAGUAUGGGGAUGGUAGCUGAUUACAGGGCCAGAAGGGAAUAGACAGGCUGAUGGUGAUGAAUGGUGCUGUAAGAGGGUGCAUGCAAAAAUCCAGUAGAAUGUGAAGGCAGGGGAGAUGGGAAGUGAAGAGAAUGGAAGGCCCACGAGAGCAGUGUGUAGUAAGCGCAUUAGGCUCGUGAGCAUGAGUAGCCAACAUAGUGCUCUCCAGAUAUUGUUGGACUGCAACUCUUAUAAUUCCUGGCCGUUGCUGGCUGAGGUUGAUGGGAGUUGGAGUCUUUCAACAUCUGGGGAAUAUUCUGUUGACUAUCCUUGUCCUAGAAGAUGGCUUUCCAGGAAAGGCCAGGGAUGGAACCACCCUCGUUGCGAGAGUCUUCAUCUAUGGUAGUGUUGGAGGCCUUUACAUUUCUUGGAGGUAUCUUGAGGACAGAUGGGGCAUUCCAACCCCACCUAUUGGUUUGUUGGACUAUGGUAGCUGCUGUUAUGCAUCAGAGCUGUGGAAGAAUUGCCUCUUGGAAAAUAAUGGUGACACGGCCUCUCCUUUGAAGACUUCUGAAUUCUGAACCAAUAUUGUUGGUUGGUUCCUCAGUAGGCUGUCCCAUGGCACCCCCUUUGUCUCUUUCCCCUGCAAAAUAGUGAGUGACUGCAAACUCUCUCCUGGCUGCCAUGUUUAUGUGAUCAGUACCUUAGAGAUAAGGAAUUGUGUCACAUUCAGUUGGGCUAGUAGUUUGACAAGUUAACUGUCCCGUUUUCAUCAUUCAGAAAAAGCUCCCAUGCGCAUCGUGGCUGAGCGUUGGGGUGUCAGCCCUGGCAGACUCUCAUAAGCAAAUGAGUCACUUAAAGGUCAAACUCCACCACUGAGACCGUUGCUCUGCUAUCUGUCUGUCCUGUUCCUCAGGUGAUGGUCUGGAGUUUGCAUGUGUGUGCCUGCUGUCCAAUCCAUGCUGUUUAUUUUUAGUGGAGGCAGCAGCAGGUGAAUUGGGCUGGUGCCCUUUGUCUGGCUUCUACAGCAAUCACAAGUAACAUGACUCAUUUAAGAGGCGGGGUGGGGUGGGGGGAGGAAGAGGAAAAAGGACCCAUAGGUUCAAAUUUUAGAAGAAGGGGAAAAGAGCACUUAAAUGUUCCUUUUCCAGCAGCUUUCAAACGCCUUCGUUCCCAGAUCCGCGUUGGACAGCUGCACCAUGUCUAUGAGUUAGGUUGAGAAAACUUGGAGCCAGACCUGACAAGAUACUGCUCUUCUGGAAAUUGCUUUUGAUCAAAUGCUGUCCAUACUGUAAUAGGGAAGUAGGAGCACAAACCUGCUAAAGAGGUCUGCUUCUGUUUAAGCAUAGUUGGUCUCUGGCAUGAAUGUUGCAGGCUUGCACAGACAGCUUCACAGUAUGAAAAGGGACCAAGUCCCCUGGAGCCAGUGUCUGAUGCAAAGAUCCUGAGCUUUAUGAUGCCAUCAUUGGUUAGGAAAGGCGUACAGUGUGAUGCCAAUGCUCUGCUUCUCCACUGCCUGCAAGGGGGGUCAAAUGAAGUGGAGCGGGAGGCAGGGAAACCCUGAUUGGGAUUGGAUGGCUUGGCUGCUUCAGCUAAGUACUACUGAAGAUGCCUCGGCUGGUGGUAGCUUGCAUGUCCCAUGUAAUGUGUAGUUUGGUCGUAAGUGGUUGCUGCUAAGUUGGGUCCUAUUUCCAGUACAUGUGAAAAGGAUCUAGGAGUCUUGGUUGACCACAAACUUGACAUGAGCCAACAGUGUGACGCGGCAGCUAAAAAAGCCAAUGCAAUUCUGGGCUGCAUCAAUAGGAGUAUAGCAUCUAGAUCAAGGGAAGUAAUAGUGCCACUGUAUUCUGCGCUGGUCAGACCUCACCUGGAGUACUGUGUCCAGUUCUGGGCACCACAGUUCAAGAAGGACACUGACAAACUGGAACGUGUCCAGAGGAGGGCAACCAAAAUGGUCAAAGGCCUGGAAACGAUGCCUUAUGAGGAACGGCUAAGGGAGCUGGGCAUGUUUAGCCUGGAGAAGAGGAGGUUAAGGGGUGAUAUGAUAGCCAUGUUCAAAUAUAUAAAAGGAUGUCACAUAGAGGAGGGAGAAAGGUCGUUUUCUGCUGCUCCAGAGAAGCGGACACGGAGCAAUGGAUCCAAACUACAAGAAAGAAGAUUCCACCUAAACAUUAGGAAGAACUUCCUGACAGUAAGAGCUGUUCAACAGUGGAAUUUGCUGCCAAGGAGUGUGGUGGAGUCUCCUUCUUUGGAGGUCUUUAAGCAGAGGCUUGACAACCAUAUGUCAGGAGUGCUCUGAUGGUGUUUCCUGCUUGGCAGGGGGUUGGACUCGAUGGCCCUUGUGGUCUCUUCCAACUCUAUGAUUCUAUUCUAUGAUUCUAUGUUGUUGUUGUUGCUGUUGUUUAGUCAUUUAGUCGUGUCCGACUCUUUGUGACCCCAUGGACCAGAGCAUGCCAGGCACUCCUGUCUUCCACUGCCUCCUGCAGUUUGGUCAAACUCAUGCUGGUAGCUUCGAGAACACUGUCCAACCAUCUCGUCCUCUGUCGUCCCCUUCCCAACAUCAGGGUCUUUUCCAGGGAGUCUUCUUUUCUCAUGAGGUGGCCAAAGUAUUGGAGCCUCAGCUUCAGGAUCUGUCCUUCCAGUGAGCACUCAGGGCUGAUUUGCUUCAGCAUGGAGAGGUUUGAUCUUCUUGCAGUCCAUGGGACUCUCAAGAGUCUCCUCCAGCACCAUAAUUCAAAAGCAUCAAUUCUUAGGCGAUCAGCCUUCUUUAUGGUCCAGCUCUCACUUCCAUACAUCACUACUGGGAAAACCAUAGCUUUAGUUUCCUUUAAUUUUAUUUGUGUAGCUGAAGCCAUUACAAAACAAGAUGCAUGAAACAAAGCAAAAUGUACUAUUACCCAGUUAAAACUGUGAUUAAAACUGGGCAUUCUGUCAAAUAGAAAAUUGUUCCACUGAAGAAUUUGAAAUGUCGUCCCCACAAACUUCCCUCCUUAAAAAUGCUGCUCUAAAGGCAACGCAAGUCGCCUUUUCAGAAGCGUCCCCCCGAAGAAAAGUUAAUCAAGUGCCCCGUAGGUCUUUCAGCUGAUAGAUUUAAAUCUUUGGACAAGGCUACUCUUAGGUCCUCGUAAAUGGGUCAGACAAAUAAGUAGCUAGGUAAAUUUUCAGGCAUAUUUUCCCUGCCCCCCAUGGACAAGCUCUGUCCCCAUACAGAAUCCAGCGAUGGUGUCCUUCAGCUAUAGCAAAGUGCCUGGGUUGGAAUCGCAGAGAUGUAGGAACGUUUCUCCAUUUAAACAUUUGUCAUGUUUGUUACAUAGAAGGGAUAAGGAGUCUGAAUCGGGACCGAUUAUUUUGGUGUGUGUUUGCUCUUUUUUAUGUGAUGAAGGGUAAUGAAAUAAUUAGUAGGGGAAGAAUCAUAUUAAUUUAUUUUUCCUGUAGACUAUCUCCCUUGCAACUGGCUGCUGGUCUUCAAAGAUUGCUUCAGGAUUUUGGACUGCGUGUUAAAACACAUGUUGACAAUUGGUCGAGAAGAAGAAUGGGCUUGUUCUUAUUUUCGUCCUUCUUACCUUCUCCCCCCUCCCCUCUUGACCCUCAAAUUCCUGAAAGCACUGAAAUACUCAAUCGUUGCAGGCUGUGACUAAAAGCUCUGCAAAGAACUUGUGUAAUUCAUAGGAGGAAAGGUGAGAGGUCAUGGAUCUUGUGGGUGAGAUAGGGCAGAAAAAUUCCCAGGUCUUUUUCCAUUUUGUAAAUUUGUUAGUAACAAUGAAUGGAUGCUAAUUGGAAAUAUUACGCAAGCUUGGCAGUUCCAAAUGGUUUUGCUUUGACAAGUAAAAUAACCUGGCUGAAUUGGAUAACACUCGUAAGGUAAGUGGUUCUCAAAGGGUGUGGUAGGAGACAGUGUUAGAAACUCAGAUUUUUUGUUUUCCAAUGUAUCUCUUAUCAAUAAAAAACUCAGUGUGGCACAAGCAAUCUUUUGUUAUGAAGCUCAAUGGCUUGAGAACCACAGUUCUAGAAAUUACCAGUUUUGCCGUUCAGAAUUUUCUAGGAAACCCGCAUUCCUGGGUGUUGUGUUUCUUUUCCCCUCCACUGUCUUUUUGUUAUGCUCAGUUAUGGGGGGAGAGAAAACCACUUUCACUCAACCCACUCACCACUUCCCGCCCCCUUCCCAUCCAUGUCCUGUAGCUUGUACAGUAUAUCUAACCUCCAAUAGUUUCUUUGGGGGUCUUUGAGUUGUCAUAUUGGAGUUCUUGGUGCAAGGCCUUAAACCUUGCACCAGUAUGUGAAUGGAGAAACGGCUACCUUUAAGUUGGCAAACUGCUAAUGUUGCUUCUCCGAAUCACAUUGAUACAAAACACUAUGAAUAGGAAACUACUUUGUGGUUUCUCCCCUCCCCUCCUGUUUUUGGGUUAAAAAAACACUUCCUCAUGCUGAUUCUUUGCCUGAAAACCACCCACGAAAAACUCUUGAGUUACUCUAGUGGGCAUUGUGCCAUCCUGCCACCGCUGUUUGCUGAGUGCUAUAUAGAGAGAGAGAGAGAGAGGAAAUCCCCUUGUGAAAUGUCCUUUCUUUAUCUAGGGCCCAAAAGAGGAAAAAAUCUAUUACUCAGCACGGGUCUGAUUCAUUCCAUUUACAAGGUAUGCAUUAUAUCUGUGUCAUGAUCUAGGAUUAGCCUGGAGUGACUAACAGCUGUAGCGUCUCUGUGGACUUAGAUCAGAGAUCCUCUGCAUGUGAAGACAGCAGCUGUUGGUGGAGGCAAAGAUUAUAGCCUGGGUUCCGUCUAUUCCUUUCCCUGUAUGGUUUAGUGCAGGGGGUCAGCAAACCUUUUCAGCAGGGGGCCGGUCCACUGUCCCUCAGACCUUGUGGGGGGCCGGACUAUAUUUUUUUGGGGGGAAAGGAACGAAUUCCUAUGCCCCACAGAUAACCCAGAGAUGCAUUUUAAAUAAAAGGACGCAUUCUACUCAUGUGAAAACACGCUGAUUCCCGGACCGUCCGCGGGCCGGGUUUAGAAGGUGAUUGGGCCAGAUCCAGCCCCCGGGCCUUAGUUUGCCAGCCAUGGUUUAGUGAAUGCAUUUGGGCACACGAGUCAGUGAGUGCAGAAUGUAAUAUUGGGCUCAAAAGAUUAUUAUAAUUACUGUUGUCAAGGUGGAAACAUACAUGAUUUCGUUCAACCAGUGUUAGAAACUCAAAUAUAUAAGUUAGGCUCCAAAUGGCUCCUUAAAGCAAGGUUGCAGUUGCCAGAACGGAAUGUCUAGUUGCCAUUUUGGACAAGGCAGCUCUUGGACAAGUCUUACUUUUCAAAUGGUGCGCUGACUGUGAUUGAUGAUCAGUUUAACAUCUGGCUAGUUCAGAGGACAACUUUGAGAACUUCAAGUCACUUGAUCCAGGGACAGUCUGCCAGUUCUGACCUGCUUUUCUUAAUGGUGACACAGACCAUUCAUAACAUAAGAAUAUUCUUCACAAUAUAUUGGAGAAUAUGAGCAGGGCAGUGGGGUAAGUGGAGACAAGCUACAACAAUUAACUAUAACAUUGUUCACUGCUCCUGCUCAGGCUGCACAGAAAAAGCAUUUUGAUCCCUAAAAUUCAUUCCACAUGUGCAGAUACAAUAUAGCUGAUAGAAUUCUGCAGGUUGUGAUAUUAGUGUGUGAAAACAGUCAAGAUCCAAUGAUUGCCAGGCACACACUGCCAGUUGGCGGAGAUGUCAAGUCGCAAGUGGACGAUAGUCAGGUGCAAAAUGCGCCUGGGUGAUUUUGAACACUGCCUACAGCCCAUUUUACCUUUACCGUAGGCCUAUGAGAUAGAUUAGGUUCAUUGGCCUAAGGUCACCCAAUGAAUCUUCGCAGUUGAGGCAGGAUUCAAAUCUUGAUCCCUCCCAUACGUACUACUUUCGUGGUAACAAAAUGAGCAAGGACAGUGUCUGAUGCGGGGAGAAAAUAAUUUUGCCUUUCUUAGGUCAGGUGCCUUCAGAACCGCUUAACCCUUUACUGAAUGGCCUGGCUGUUGCACUUGAGUAGCAGCACGGAGUGAUACCAGCUAUGACGACUUUAGAAAGUUAUUGUUUUUGCAGAUAGAAGACCUGAAUUUUUAACUUCCUUAAAAAAUAAUAGCAGCAAGAACUUGUUAAAAUUCUGCAUAUUUCCUUGACCUUUGCAAAGAAAUUGCUAGGCAGAAAUGCACAAAAUAAUUGAAAGUGUAGAAUACAUUAUAAUAAAUUUGCAGAAUUUAAGUUUACAUCACAGGUAGAAUUAUUAUUUUGCUUUGGCACUUGAAACUUGUGAGCACAGCUCUGGAUAUGUAACACUGCAUUUUAGUUGGGUUCAGAUUUCUCCUUUGUGGUGAAGUUAGGGCUGCUUUGCUUUAAGGUUUCCAGAAUCAGGGCUGAAUGAAGCAUUGCAAGGGAGGGAAUCAAAGUGCCUGAGCUGCUCUGGUGCCAGCCAGAAUAGCCAGACCAGCUGUAGCCUGAGGUGGAACUGUCUUGCCUGUGAGUGGAGCUGGGAGGGACCUUUUUAGCUAGUGCACCACCUCAACUAUAUUGAUGCUUUGCCUAUGGAGUGUCUUGCAGUCGAGCAACAAAGGAUGCCAGUUGCUGGAGCAGCAGAGACUUUCCAUGCUUUAGCCCCAAGAAAAUUACAAGGAUUUUAUGAUCUGGCAUGCUUUUGUUUGCUUUCUUGAAAUCAAGACAGCUAUUCGUGCCAAUUAAAAGGACAUAAAGCAUUAACAUUAUUUUUUUAAGAUUCAGUGACUAACAAUCUUCAUCUACUGUCAUGAGAUUUGUGGCUUUGUGUUGCUUAAUCUUAUUUGAUCAAGGCUUGUUUCCUUCAGUUACUCAACGAGUAAGCGUUGCCUCUUGAUGUAGCAGCUUAAAUACCAGAUGUGUGAGUUCUGUGUUCUGCAUCUCUAACUGGAUGAUCUGUGCAUAUGCAUUUCAGCAUUCUCCAUGUAGUCAUUUCCCUUCUUUCAAUGUCCUUACAGCAAAUCUCUGCUGUAAAUGGACACAAGAAUGUCAAUUUGCACCAGCCUUCUGUUCCUCACGGUGGCCGGCCGGGUGCAUCUGAGAAGUCCACAACCAGGAUAUGAAAGCAAUAACCUCCCCAACUCCCAGUAUUUAAGAGAUACACUGCUUUUGAGCCAGGAGGUUUUGCUUAAUCAUCAUGGACAGUAGCUACUGUGCUCCCAUGUAUGUUUUCGUCGUCUUCUUUUCUCGCCACAAAGUACCUUUUUUGUUUUGUUUUUUAGGAACAGUUUGUUAAGGCUUUCCAUAUCAAAGAAAUACAGACAACAAAAACCCGGAGCAUAUACACCUAUAUACUUGGUUGCAGCAAACGUAAGACCAAAACAAGCAGACAGCAGAAAAUCUCCCGCAAAUAUACAAUACGUAAACACAUGAACAAAUAAACACUCAGUGAAGCAAUAAAAGGAGCUGUCUUUUAUGUAAUUAACUAGCCAAGCAUAACAAGAAGGGAAAAUAAUUAACUCAGCCAGCCUGUAAUAAUAAAGCAGUACGAGUUGAUGGAGGAAGCCAAUCACCCUCUUUGACCGAAACAAUAUUUAAUAAAACAAAACCAUUUCACGUAAGACUUUUUCCCUCCAUGGACUCCUCCUUUCCCUCAAUUGACAAGUUUUUACAUAAGGGCCACCAACCAAAUAUGAGAAUACCACUCCCGUAUCAAAUUUGCUGUUACUAAUCUCAAAUAUUGUGCUACCACUAUACAGACUGCAAUUACAAAGGGAAAUGAUAAUAAAAGUAAAGACGGAAACAAAUAAACCAAUAAACUCUUAUCACCACAUAGUUGAGAAGGUUUCCCUCCCUAUAUGCUAACAGAAGCCGCACUGUCUGCUGAGUGACACUGUUGGACGCAGCCCCACGUGGAUGAUGCUUACCAGAUUGCCCCUGCCUACGUAUUUCACACUUUCACAGAAUUCUUCCGUCAUACUGUUGCUGCCUUUGUAUUAAUGGACUUUGAAUUGAGUUUGUGCGGUUGGCAUGCAUAGUCUCUACCAAGAAUCGAGGCACACUCAUUCAUGUUUUGUACAGCAUAUCGAAUUGGCUGCCAUGUUUAGUUGAGAUUCUCACUCAUCAGCUUAUGCCAAAAAUAUAAGAAGCCGUACUCUAUAGCUAAAGCCAGCAGGCUUAUGCUUUCAUGUCCAAGAUUCCAUUGUAAUUGCUUACAUUUAUAUGCUGUCACCCUUUUGCCAAAUACGACAUGGGGUUCCCAGUUAGUCACUCAACAAGGUGCUGGCGACGCGGGUGGCGCUGUGGGUAAAACCUCAGUGCCUAGGACUUGCUGAUCAUAAGGUCGGCAGUUCGAAUCCCCGCAGCGGGGUGAGCUCCCGUCGUUCAGUCCCAGCUCCUGCCCACCUAGCAGUUCGAAAGCACCCCUAAAUGCAAGUAGAUAAAUAGGUACCACUUUAUAGCGGGAAGGUAAACGGCGUUUCCGUGUGCGGCACUGGUGCUGGCUCGCCAGUUGCAGCUUCGUCACGCUGGCCACGUGACCCAGAAGUGUCUUCGGACGGCGCCGGCUCCCGGCCUCUUGAGCGAGAUAAGCGCGCAACCCUAGAGUCGGUCACGACUGGCCCGUACGGGCAGGGGGACCUUUACCUUUUUAAGGUGCUGGCAAAACACAGGCUUGCUUAGCUUUAGUGUGGCCAUUGCUUCAUGUUUCUUUAGACUGUACUCUUAGACUGACCUAGAACCUAAGGAGAACCCUGCUAGACCAGUCUAGAGGCUGAUCUAGUCAAAUAUCCUGUCCUUACAGUGGCCUAUGGGAUGCCCAUGAGCUAAAUACCCAUUUUUUAGCAUUUAAGGUGCCACAGGGCCUUGCUUUUGGCCAAAAUGCCAUGAUACUCUUGUUGCUCACUCCCACAAAAUGAUCUUUUUUGCCCCAGUGGUCCUGUCCACUUUUGUGUAGAGCAUUGUGUGAAAACCCAAUGUACGUGGGCCUGAACAGCAGAUUGAUAUCUGAGAAUCAUCCUGGACCUGCGCAUGGCGGAUUUUGUGUGCCCUAUUGAUACAUUAAGACUGUAGCAUUGUGGUGGAGCGGCAUGUUGGGUAGUUGGGAAGCAGAGGGAGGGUACAUAAGUCCUAAGCAUGUGGAGAAGGGAGGUGGGUAUGUUUAGCCUGGAGAAGAGAAGACUGAAAGGUGAUAUCGUAGCCACCUUCAAAUGUCUAAAGGGCUGUCGCAUGGAAAAUGGAGCAAGUAUGUUUUCUGCUGCUCCAGAGGUAGGACCUGAAGCAAUGGAUUCAAAUUGCAAGAAAGGGGGUUCCAACUACAGUGGUACCUCGGUUCUCAAACGCCUUGGUACUCAAACAACUUGGAACCCUGCAAACCCAGAAGUGAGUGUUCCGUUUUGCGAACGUUUUUUGGAAGCCAAACAUGCUCCGUUUUGAGUGUUACACUUCUGAUCUGAGUGCCACACUUCCGUUUUGGGUGUUACACUGAGGUCUUUCUAUUUUUUGCAUUUAUUUUGCAUUUUUGUUUUUGCAGCUCUUUUGUUUUUGUGACUGUGUGGAACCCAGUUCAGCUACUAAUUGAUUGAUUGUGUGACUGCAGUACCUUGUUUAUUGCUUUCAUUUGAUGGACCAAUGGUCUCGUUAGAUUGUAAAAUUCAUGUUCAGUUGCUUUUUUUAGGGGUUGUUUUUAAAAGUCUGGAACGGAUUAAUCCAUUUUGCAUUACUUUCUAUGGGAAAGCGUGCCUUGGUUCUGGAACGCUUUGGUUUUGGAAUGGACUUCCGGAAUGGAUUAAUUUGAGAACCAAGGUACCACUGUACAGAACUUUCUGACAGUAGGAGCUGCUCUAUGGUGGAACAGACUCCCUCGGAAGGCCAUGGGCCCUCCUUCCUUUUAGGUUUCCAAGUAGAGGUUUGAUUGCCAUCUGUCAGGGAUUAUUUAGCUGUGAUUCCUGCAUUGGAGAGGGAUGGAUCUUUGGGUCUCUUCCAACUCUACAAUUCUGUUAUUCUAUUAUUAAUUUUCUCUUGCUGUGGGUGAGCCAUCGGGUAAGUGCAUCAUUUGAAUCGGGCCUAAAUUGCUGCAGACUAGCACAGCUAUCUCUCUGGAAUUAAAGUAGCAAUUGGUAGAUGUGAAGAGGAAAUGGUUCAGCUCUCUGAUCAAUUAAUCAAAUUGAGGCUAUUGCACAAGGGAAUACAGAGAAGAACUUCAUUGACUGAUACCUCAGAAACCUGCACAUUAGAGGCGGGAGUUAGUGAGUAAGCUUGAACUAAUAUAUUACCCCUUUCCUUCUUCUUGUUCUUAUUUGAUGUAAAGUGAAAUCUAUAUUAAUAUUUUUAAUGUAUGCUAUGCAGUGUAAGGGUUUGCAACCUUUGGAGACUUGUGGAGACAAUUCUAUGAAUUGCCUUCCCUCCAUGCAAGUCUUUGCAUAUAUGUUUCUAUAUGCUAUAUGUUGUCCAUUCAGGAAAUAGUUAUUAUAUCUGGUGGGUUUAUUUAAUCUCUCCCCUUCCUUAACCUGCUAGGUCAUUAAUACUUCAACUGGUGGUUUAAUUUAUGUGAAACAUGACCAAAAUCAUUAGGUGUAAUUGCAUUUUUAAAAAAAGUUAUCAGGCAUGUGGUUGUGUUUUUUUAAAAAACGAAAUAGGAUGGAAGCAAGGUACUACUUAGGGAGGCAGUGCUGAGGAAAUUCGGGGUGUCUUUGAGUUUGGAAAGAAGACAAGUAAAGCAGGGGACAUGAUAGAGGUGUAAAAAAUGAUGCAUGGAUGUAGAGAAAGCAGAUAGGUUAUAAUUCCUCUUAUAAUACUAGAACUCAGGGCAUUCAGCGAAGUUGAAUCUUAACAGAGCUGCUCUUAAUUUCCUACAGCAAUGUAUUUGACUAGUCGGAAGAACUGGGAAAACUAGCAUUAUUUGGAAGAGAAGAAUCGCUAAUGAAAAAAAUAACAGGAUUGAUGUAUAACAGCUGAAUCUAGUAAAGGAAAUUAGGCACUAGAACUCUUGCAUCAUAUUUUGAAAUACUUGUGUACUAAACCCAAACAUUUUGCAGCUUGUGACAGGCCAGGAAAAUUAUUAGCUCAUAUGCUGGCAAAUUGCUUUUGGAAAGAGUCGGUUCCCCCCGUCAAGAAAAGUACAUAAUGCACUGGCUAUGAGCAAUAAAGAAAACUGCGCAAUAUAUGCUGGCAUAUUAAUAACACCCCACAAAGGUGCCAUUAGAAUAGCCAUAUUAUUUCAUAAGCUUUUUAUUCUGCUUUUCACAUGGACCUUACAAAGAGGUUUAUUGACGGUCCUUGUUACAAGAAUGUCAAAUAGAAAAGACAAAUGUUUUUGUUUUUAAAGGAAGCUGGUAUCUGUUUCUUCUAUUCCCUCAGGGCAAAGAGAGCUCUUCAGAAGCUUCUGUGGUGGAAAUUGGGGAAGGCAGGAGCUACUCUUGGGAGCUAGAUGAUGGCAGCUCACCAGGAGGCUUCUGCUUUUUCUCUGUGCUCCUCAGGGCGAGGUGAUUUCUAUUUUAAAAAGCAGCCAUAUUAACAGUUUCUUAGGCUCCCUGCACACCAUACGCUUAAGGCACAGUUAAAGCACAACCCCCCUCAAAGAUCCCUGGAAACUGUAGUUUAGGGGGUGCUGGGAAUCGUAGAUCUGUGAGGGGUUCCCAAGAUCCUUUGAGGAGGGCUGUAAAGACAUGUAUCGUGUUUACACAUCUUAAAUAACAUGGCUUAAAUAACCCAUAAUUAAGAGUGGACUGUUGAAGAGCUUAUGGAAUCCAUUCAGCAAAAAUAAAGCAAUUUUGUAUUAAAAAUACUUCAAGGCUUCUGGCCCUGAUGGUUUUAAACUAUGGUUACCAUGAAGUGUGUGUGUGGUAUUUUGAAACUCCACUUAAUGGAAGUGGGUGAGCAUAGGAGGAAAUACGAAGGGAAACUUCUAGAAGAGAGCCUUCCUCAACAUGGCGCCGUUUGGACAUUGUUGGACUCCAACCCCCCUCAGCCCCAGCCAGCAUGGGAAUUAUAGUUCGACAACAUCUGAAAGGUGCCAGGUUGGGGAAGGCUGGCCUAGAAUCAUGGACAGGAAUUUGAGUAAUACCGACAGCGAAGCUAGGGAAAGAGAGAGGUCAUGUGGCGUUUUAUUGUCCUGUUUCUCUGAAGUCAUGGCUAUAAAAUGGCGGCAGCCAUCUUGGAUGGGGUGGAAGGGCCUUCAGCCCGAGAGAUGAAAUUUCCGCCCUUUCAAAAAUUAAGGGCAGAGGGCUAAAUGAGGAUUGUAGAGAAGCGGGGAGUGAGUUGAGGGCCAGUCCUGGAAAACAUUUACAGAGAAGCAUUUUCUCUUCUGCUCAUACGGAAAGCGACUCAUUGAGAGAACGAAGGGUUGAGAAAUUUCUUCAGGAAUUCCUUCCCGCCCCCAACAGUGUGCGAUUCUUCCAGUCACAUGCUGUUAAGAAAUAAUGCGACUCAUAUUAUUUCUUAACAGCGUGGCAGAAUGACACAUAUGUUGUGACAAGACAGAGGGAGAGAUUUGUGUCACUGUCAGCUGAAAUAUUGAAAUUCUACAAGAGGCUUGCAGUUUGGGGGACCAAAGUUGAGGAGAAAUUGACAUAAAAUAACACCCCAGUGUCAUUUGACUCCUUGAGUCAAAAUGUGUAAUACCUUUAGUGAUAAUUGUUGCUUUUUUGGGGGGGGGGAGUUUUGGAAGGAUUUUAUCUUACAUCUAAGGAAAUGUGUGAGAGAUUGGAGAGCCUUGGCAAAAUGGCGCAAAUCUGAUUAACCUGCUCCUGUAUCUUCAGAAUGACAUAAAACUUGAAAUCCCUGAAGGAUAUGCUGGGUUUCUGUGGCAUUUAGAAACACAAUAAGCAGAGUCCUAGUAUGUUAACAUAUUAGAAUCUGUACGAGGUCCGUCAUUAGAAAUAUAUUUUCUUGGUGAUACGUCUUGAUAUGUUGCCAUGGUCAAAAAUGAUGAAAUGGUUACGGACUUCAAACCAGUUUUGGACGAUAUAUCACCCAGCCCUAUUGGAUAUAUAUAGCCACAGUACAAGUACAGUGGUGCCUCGCAAGACGAAAUUAAUCCGUUCCGCGAGUCUCUUUGUCUUGCGGUUUUUUCGUCUUGCGAAGCACGGCUAUUAGCGGCUUAGCGGCUAUUAACGGCUUAGCGGCUUUAAGAAAAAGGAAACAAACUCGCAAGAACUCGCAAGACAUUUCGUCUUGCGAAGCAAGCCCAUAGGGAAAUUCGUCUUGCGGAACGACUAAAAAAACGGAAAACUCUUUUGUCUUGCGCGUUUUUCGUCUUUCAAGGCAUUCGUCUUGCGAGGUACCACUGUAUGUGGAAGGAAGUCUUCUACAAAGUUAUUUGGGAAUUAGCUUUAUCUCAUGGUUCGCCCUGAAGUUGCAGGUUUAUGAUUUUAGAUCGUAACCCUCCGAAAAAGUAGGUUGAAUGACUCCCAGCUGCUUAAAUCUCUUUACUGAAAAGAGACAUUGGCUCUUAAACCAUUGCUUUUGACUAACCCGUCUGCCAUCUGAUGCAGAGACAUCACCUUGCCAACAAAGGUCCGUAUAGUUAAAGCUAUGGUUUUCCCAGUAGUGAUGUAUGGAAGUGAGAGCUGGACCAUCAAGAAGGCUGAUCGCCGAAGAAUUGAUGCUUUUGAAUUAUGGUGCUGGAGGAGACUCUUGAGAGUCCCAUGGACUGCAAGAAGAUCAAACACAUCCAUUCUGAAGGAAAUCAGCCCUGAGUGCUCACAGGAAGGACAGAUCCUGAAGCUGAGGCUCCAGUACUUUGGCCACCUCAUGAGAAGAGAAGACUCCCUGGAAAAGACCCUGAUGUUGGGAAAGAUGGAGGGCACAAGGAGAAGGGGACGACAGAGGACGAGAUGGUUGGACAGUGUUCUCGAAGCUACCAGCAUGAGUUUGACCAAAGUGUGGGAGGCAGUGGAAGACAGGAGUGCCUGGCAUGCUCUGGUCCAUGGGGUCACGAAGAGUCGGACACGACUAAACAACAACAACCCGUCUGCCCACCUGCUACACUGCAAGGAACAGCAUUUAUUGUUUUAAUAGCAUUUUUUAGAAGGCAAAGUACUCUAUUAUUUUUCUCUCUUCGCCCAAUGAGAUAUGGUCACAAGUUCCUGUUUUCUAAUCUCCAUCCAGAGGUGUUCAUCCAGUCCUGACCACUACAAAUGUAGCUUUACUCUGGUGCAGGUUUGUCAGCCCUUUGCCUGGACAGCUCUUGGCAAUAGAGAAGUGUCUUCAGGUGACACAGUUUUGAAAACUGCUGGGGUAGUGGCCCACUAGCCAAUUAAAAUAUUAUUUAUAACUGGCCACUAAUAUUUGGAGAAGGGGCAGUUCAGAGGCAAAGGAGGAAUGGGGAUACCAUUUUGACUACAGCGGUUCCUGUUUAAUAAUAAAAAUAAUAAAAAAGCAUUGAGCCACAGUAAGAUGAGAAGUGGAUACAGUGACCGUAGCGUUUAUUAUGGCAUCUUCCAUCAAGACAGCUGCAGGCGAUUAAGGAGGAAUGGUGUACCAUUCUGAUCUGGUCGCUGUGUGCUGGAAAUGGGUACUGCAGAAUUGCUUUCCCUCCAUCCCAGGGAAUUAACGCCGAAUAGUUUGGGUGCCCUUUAAAUUGGCCCAGGAGGGAGCCUGGCCGAAGGGAAAGGAAGGAAUAUAAUUGCUCGUUUUCAAAUGGCAAAUCUAAUUUGAACAUGUUAAUAGUGCUGCGAGUAAAUAAACACACGUGGCAAACGGCAUACGGCUCUUGUUCACUCUCACUCGCUGCUUUCCAGAGCUGUCAGUAGCAAGGGGGCACGUGUAGAGGGUUAUGUUGUGGGGUGUGUAUGUGUACCGAGGUCAUCUCUCAGAUACUAGAGUUCUUAAUAGGCAUGGAUAAAAACAGCUUUAAAGCCAGUGCAACCACUCUCAGUCCUGUGUCCAGAAUAAAAAUGAGCAAAAUAACUGAAUAGUUUUCAAGACCUGAGGUUGUGCAAAUGAUAUAAAGGUGAGCUGGAAGUGUUUUGGGGUGGAUAGGGGAAUUACAUCUGCAGAAAGUUCAAGAGGGAGAGAAAUAUUUUGACGGUUGGGGUGAGGAACACGAAGGACUGUUUUCUGACUUAAGUUUCUGGACUUUGUGUUUGCUUCAGUCCUGAGAGCUAGGAACCCCACUCAGGUUCUGAGGACGCCAAAUCUUAUGUUAGUUUGCAUUGGGAGAUUUGCGUAUUGCAUUUCCUCAGUGUUGGUCUCCUUUGCUAAAGUGCGCAUCUGGAAAGUAUAUAAAAGUCAGGACUGGUUAGCUUCAGCAGCAAAACUGUUGUCAAGUCAGCUUGGCCUUGUAAAGGGUGAGAGAGAAGACUUUGGGAAGCUUUGCUAUCCCCUUUCAAAAAACUGUUCCUUGCCUCACAACAGCUUCCUCUUGGUCUCCUCAUUGUAACCUUUCACUCUUCUUGCUAUGAGCUUUGUGGUUUUGGUAUGCUGUGUCUGUAGUGAUACCUUCAAACUUGCUCUGCCUCUCUUGAGGAAUGUUACAAUUUAAAUUCCAUAGCAGCUCAGCCAUCCCAGGAAUUGCAGCUAUGCCUUUAUUAACGUUUUUCUUAAGGCAGCCUGGCGAUCUGCCUUAAGUUUGGUCUGGAAAAUCCAUGGUGUGCCACAGUCGCUGCCAAAGUGAGAAUUCACAUGAGUGUCUUGUUGCUUUUUUAAAUAUAUAUACUUUGGAGAAAGUCAUCCCUAGGAAGUCUCUUUGUUUGCUCUGCAACCUAAUAGUUGGAGGGGGGGAUAUGAAUGGAUGUAGUGGGGAGCAAGUGAGAUACGGAGCCUUGCGUUUAAAUCAGGCAUGGGCAAAUUCGGCCCUCCAGAUGUUUUGGGACUACAACUCCCAUCAUCUCUAGGUAACAGGACCAGUGGUCAGGGAUGAUGGGAAUUGUAGUCCCAAAACAUCUGGAGGGCCGAGUUUGCCCAUGCCUGAUUUAAAUUCUGGCCUGGUAGCCAUAGCUGAAAAAGCAAUUGCUUGCUGACAUUUGAGCUGGCCACUGGAGGAGAAAUGGAGUGCCCAUCAGAGAAGUGCAACUGGCUCCUACAAGAGGCGUGGAGUUUCUGGCAGGCUAGUAAUUUAUCUUUCUUUUUAUUUUUAAGGCAGGACUAUAGGAUUUCUGUAAGUUUGUGGGCAGAAUAUGCAAUUUGAGUAUGCCAACAGUGUUCAGAAGCAGCACUAUUUAUCAAUGUAUUUAUGCAAAGAAAACCAGUGUGGCUUAUUGGCUUAGGAGUGUUGAACCAAUACCUGGAAGGGCAGGGUUCUAAUCACCACUUCCUCAUGAAGACCUCAGCCUGACCUACCUCACAGGGUUGUUGUGAGGGCAAAUUGCAGGGAGGGAGAAGCACAUGCACCACCUUGAGCUCCUUGGAAGAAAGAAGGGCCCAUAAAUGAAAUAAUAGAAUUCAAAAAUGUAGUUGUCAAUAUUUCAGACCUCUCCUCGCAAAGAGAUGCUACUCGGCAGCAUCCUUAGCAGCUUCUUCCUAACUUCGUAUUUUUCUGUGUUUUCUCUGCCAGGCAGUGGAGCAACAGCCGUGGUGCAAGCAGCCUAUUGUAGUCCGAAGAAAGAAAAGGUGGCAAUCAAGCGGAUCAACCUUGAGAAAUGCCAGACCAGCAUGGAUGAGCUUCUGGUACAAAAAUCCCAUCCAUCUUCUUCCACAAUUCAUUUUAGGGUCUAUAAAUCACCGUUGCUCUGUGUUGGCAGAGGAGUUCCUCCCCUGUGCAGGCAAUUUGUUAGACUUUCUGUGACUGGGCUGGGUUUUUGUGGUUGUUUUUUGUUUUAAGGAAAAAGUUGAAGACCUCAUGACUGUAAGCAACAUUUGAAAAAGUGUUAAAAUCUUGUGGCUGCUCUCUCUCUCUGUGUGUGUGUGUAGGUUUCCUGGAUUUGUGGGUAGGAUUUCACCCUUGGAUUGCAUAGGAGAAAGUUGUACAAUUGCAGGAAACAAAAAGAUUGGGGGGGGGGGGACUUGAUCAAUGGUAGGAAACCAUUUUCACGUUGAGGGCCGCUUUCCGUCAUGUGCAGCCUUCUGUUGGCUGUGUGGCAUGGGGGUGAGUGGCCAGAGGCAGACACUGGCAUGGCCUCGGCCCAGUAUACCUGAAGGAGCGUCUCCACCUCCAUCGUUCUUCCCGGACACUGAGGUCCAGCACUGAGGGCCUUCUGGCAGUUCCCUCGCUGCGAGAAGCCAAGGUACAGGGAACCAGGCAGAGGGCCUUCUCGGUAGUGGCGCCCGCCCUGUGGAACGCCCUCCCACCAGAUGUCAAAGAGAAAAAUAACUACCAAACUUUUAGAAGACAUCUAAAGGCAGCCCUGUUUAGAGAAGCUUUUAAUGUUUAAUAGGUUACUGUAUUUUAGUGUUUUGUUGGAAGCCACCCAGAGUGGCUGGGAAAACCCAGCCGGAUGGGCGUGGUAUAAAUAAUAAAUUAUUAUUAUUAUUAUUAUUAUUAUUAUUAUUAUGGCAGUGGAUGGGGCUCUUACAUCCAAACUAGGGUUGGGCGAUACCAGGUUUUCAGCAUCACAAUACAGUCAUACCUUGGUUCUCGAACGUAAUCUGUUCCGGAAGUCUGUUCGACUUCUGAAACAUUUGAAAACCAAGGCGUGGCUUCCAAUUGGCGCAGGCAACCCGGAAACAAUAGCCGACAGCCACAUCGGACGUUUGGCUUCCGAAAAACGUUCAAAAACCGGAACACCUCCGGGUUUUCGGCGUUCUGGAGCCAAAAUGCAUGAGUACCAAGGCAUUUGAGAACUAAGGUACGACUGUAUAUCACCAGCUAAACAUCGCAUUAUAUUGAUAUAUCACAAAGUCUGAAAUAAAGAUGGAACUAUAUAGAGGCGAACAGGAGGGCUGGGCAAUAUCUGGUUUUCAACAUUGUGAUAUAUUACCAGCUAAACAUCGCAGUAUACUGAUUUGUCACAAUGUCUGAAAUAAGGAUGGAGCUAUGUAGAGCCAUUGGCUGGCUUCACAGUUUUCCCUGCAUCAUGAUUUUUGCACAGCGCACACACGCAAACCAUGAUUUGCCAUAUAUUUCCCGGACAAAAAAUUAUGAAACUGGUAUCAUGAUAUGGACUUCAAACCGCUUUUGGACGAUAUAUAGAUAUGUCGCCCAGCCUUAAUCCUAUCCACGGAAAAGAAUUCUGCACCCCUACCCCAUCUUAGCAAGUAAGGAACAUUAUCACAAUUCACGGAGACAUUGCAGCUUGAAAAAGCACUUGAGAGUGUGGAGCAGGGCCUGUGAAAGGUUGCAAGGCCAAAUGGAGGGGCCUGGAGAGACACUUUCCUUCUCCCAGACUGUGAAGUGUUUCCUGCACUGCCUCUUGCUCUCAGGGAGUCAGACCACACAGUUUUGUGGGAUUUAGUUCCACUGCAACUGUCAAGUAAGUUGUUACGGGUCAGAUCUGGUUCAGGUGUAUACAGGUUUGGGAAGUGAUUCGAUCCCUUAAAGAUGAAUCACGUUUGCGGUACCCGUAGGGGGGGCCCCCACGAUGCCAUCGAUGGAGAGGCUGCUGAGAGCAGCUUGCCCAGAGCCACGCCGCCCCCACCCAGCCACCCAAAACCUAGAGGCUGAGCCUGUGUGUCUGAAUGCCUUUUGCAUCCGUUGUACCAUUCGGCCCCAUCCCCUCCUCUCUUUAGUUCCUUCCUGCUAAAGUAGUCACACAUACUGUUGGAACUUGGGCACUUGCCAGCUCAGGGCUCAAAGAACCAUUCAGAAAGCUCUGCAGCAGAAAACACAGAUAAAACUCCUAAUUAAAUAAUUUAAUCUCCAGCUGACCCAGUCCUCCAUAACAGCCCCCUAUUUCAUUGGCUAAUGAAUGGGGCAGCAAUGAAUUGCUUCAUUUUCUUCUCAAGAGGUCCCAAUUAGGUGACCUGAUGGGCAGCCGUGCUUUGUUUACCGGGCUUUUCGUUGGGGGAAGGAGCCUCGUGCUUUUCUUCCCCUAGUGACUUAAACAUAACAAACAAACUUUUAAUAUUGCAUCCGAGCUGCGCCCUGUCAGGAUCAGGAAGAUGGGAAUUUUCCACCUUCAAUAGUUUCUUGGGUCUCUUCUCUCAGCCAGCUAGUCCUCCUUCUGAUAAUAGAUGAUGGUGGUGAAAUAAUCAAGACAAACGCAGAUUUUAAAAAAGAUCUGCCCAGUUUUCUUUCUCCAGCAGUGGCUGGAUAGAUGCCUCCAAGAAAUCCAGAUCUGGCAAUCGUGAUGGUGCAGAAUGCUUGUUGCAGGACUUAGUCUGAGCUGGGCCUAAGCCUGAUCCCCAGCACAUGUGAACAAAAAUUGGUGCCACCAUCUUGAGCAUGUGCAGAGUAUUUUUAUUGUUGAGCAACCAGACAGCUGUGAUGUAUUUGGCAAAGAAUGGACAAAGUUUCCACACUACUACUUAACUGCUCCUGCUUUUUAGUGUUCCCAUUUAACAGCCUCCCACAAAGCCACUUGGUUUGCUGUGAGUGUAUUUAAACAUAUCUCUUCUAAACAUAUCUCUCUUGCCAGCUGGGCCAGAGAAACUGCCCUGCAUGAUGGAAUGGUUAAUUAGCCUCCAGUGUUGUGGGUUUUCCAGGAAACUUUCCUUAUUAUAUUAGUGUAAUUUGCAUUGGAAAUUUUGAGUUUUAAUUAAAAACAACAACAACAUUCUGAUGCCCUGUGUUUAGUAAACAAUGCUUAAAACUUUGAAACUGCCUUGCUUGCCUAGUUUUUACUUGCAGCUGACAUCCUUUCAUAAUUAUUAAUGAAUUUAUGGAGUGGAACAUUUUCCAUGGGAAAAUAAAGUGCUGGAAAAUUUUCCACUGCAGCAUUUAAUUGCCUGGUUACACUGAUUAAAAAUAGUUUGCUUGGAAACGUUUGCAUAAUUGAUUGAGCAAUGGAUCUUAAAGUUUUUUUAAAAAACACACACGCAGGUACUACAUAACUACUACAGUUGGUCAGUGCUCUUGAUUAAACACACAAGCAGGAAUGAUUCUUCUAACGUGGUGCGGACUUCAAUUUAACUUGUGUUCAGAUUUAAGCAGGUGACUCACUUCGUCACCCAAGGUUUCUUUAAUCAAGCAACUGCCCUAAUGCAUUCUAAAGACUUUUUUUUUAUUAAAUCAUUGCCUUGAAGAAACACCAACUUAAUAGAGCAAUUCAGUUAACUCUGGAAAGAGAGAGAAAGAGAGAGAUGAAUUGAGAGGGGUCGAAUUGGUGCCUCUUCCACAGCCCAGCCAUUGCACACUCUGAGUGCUGCUCUCCUUGCUUAUUCUGCUGAUCGAGGGGGGAAUCCAAGCCCAGUUGCCAGCUUGCAACACAUUCCAUCCAGUUUCUAGGCAACACAAUCCUAGCUUUUCUGCCACAUCAAAAGCCCUGGCCUUUCCACCUUGGUGGUGCUGGGGGGUGGGGUGGGGGUUGAGCAGAGAAUAAUGUAUUGGGGAGGUUAAAUAGACCAAAAGAUGUGUGUGGGGGGGGAAACCAUAUGCAGAUUUUGUGUUGGGGUGCGUUAAGUCUUGUUGUGUGGGUGGAGGCGCAAAAGCUUUGAUCCCCUCCAUCUCCCUCCCUAGGCAACUGAGCAGCUAGGGCUCCAUUACUAUUGCUGGCUGCCCCAGCAGGCAUGGCUCCCUUCAUUUUUGACUUUGCUUGAUCUUCUGGCACUUUGUACAUUUCCCCCUAACUUUCUUGAGAACUCUGCCCCCUUAACUGGGUUUGUUUGGGCUGCACUUCCAUCCAGAACUUGUGGGGUGCAAGGAAGGAUAGCUGCAGUUUCUCACCACUGUUGCAAGGCAGGCGUAGAUUUGAAACUAUAAAAAAUACUUGCUUAUAACCAAAUUAACUGAUGGGUUAGGCCUUGGGGGUGUUGACCGUGCUGCAAGUAUGAUGCGGAAUAGGGUUUUUUUUGGGGGGGGGUAACGUUAGAUAGAAACUGAGUUUGAAAAGGCAUCCUCCUUCAGAUUGCUUGGAGCAGCCUUUCUUAGAAGACCUAUAUGUCAGCAAGAGUUGUUUGACAGUGGGACAGGCUACUUCGGAAGGCAGUGGACUUCCAAAACAGGUUGGUUGGCCUUCUGUCCAGGAUUAUUUAGCUGUGAUUCCUGCAUUGCAGAGGAUUGGAUUAGAUGACACUCAGGGUCCCUUCCAACUCUACAGUUCUCAGAUUCAUCCCAGGGCACUUCAAAUGUUGCUGGACUCCAAAUUCCCCAUCAUCCCUGACCAUUGGCCACGGUGGCUUGGUCUGAUAGAGGAGUUUCAGCCCAUAAUCCCUACGGGGGCACCAGGUUGUAAAAGCCUGCCUUGGAAUGAUAAUUUCCACACACCCCUCAGAAAAGAGCUUGCUGGGCAUUCUUGGAAGCACUUAACUUGCCGUUAAAAGUCUCAAAAUAUACUCGAGGGGCUGCGCGGCCUCCUGUGACCCUCACACCUUGUUGUCAUGUGGCGGUUUGCGACGGCGACGUGUUUAUAAUUAACAGGCGUGCAUUUCUAGAUGAAUGCCAUCUUCAUACACAGUGACAGUGUUUUAAAUUUAGAAAGCUGGGGCUUGCCCACACCAGGGAUUAGCGUGGGGGAUUUAGUAUGGAAAUAUGCACGCAGUAACUCAAGGACACCUUGGCUGUUAGGCAGAGCAAGGGAAAAAAGGGAAGAAGAAGAAGAAAAGAUCAUUGAGGUGUAAGCACGAUCUUCCACAAAAUGGCAGGGGUAGAGGGAAUCGUGGCAGACACUUGUGGAAUAUAAUAGACAGGAUGUGAAGCUAGGGAUUGCAGGUGGGCAGACUAGUUGAGUGCACCCCUCUUGCAAGAGUGGCAUUCAGGCUGAUGUUGGGAAUGUGCAUAAUUCUUGGGAGCCAGAACACAGGAAGCUUCCUUAUACUGAAUCAAGACUGUUGAUCCAUCUAGUUCAAUACUGUCGACACUGACUGACAGCAGCUCUUCAGCGUUUCAGGCUGGACCGUGCCCAGUGUCCAAAGAAUAGCAUUGGAAAAGGGAGCUUUUGACUUGUAUUUCUAGAGCAGCAGCUCCUCCAUCCUGAUGUCUCAUGCUAUAUAGCAUGGGUAGGCAAAUGAAGGCUCGGGGGCCGGAUGCGGCCCAAUCGCCUUCUCAAUCUGGCCCGCGGACGGUCCAGGAAUCAGUGUGUUUUUACAUGAGUAGAAUGUGUCCUUUUAUUUAAAAUGCACCUCUGGGUUAUAUGUGGGGCAUAGGAAUUCGUUCAUUUCCCCCCCCAAAAAAAUAUAGUCUGGCCUCGCACAAGGUCUGAGGGACAGUGGACUGACCCCCUGCUGAAAAAGUUUGCUGAUGCCUGCUAUAUAGCAACGGUUCCCAAAAAAGCCAAGCCAUGGACCACCUCCUUUUGAAAAAGGUUAGUCUCUCUGUGGUAGUUUUUGUUGAGUGAAUGGUGCCACCAUACCCUCCAGCAAGGCCCAGUGCAAAUCUGGGACGUGCAUCUUUCAGGCUGCGCCCUUGCAUGAGUCGUGGCCCCCCAAAAUGGGACGUCCUGGGCAGUUGAUGGGUAUUAGACCCCCAGUUGGGAACCAUUGCCAUAUAGCAGUGAAAGGGCUUUUAAAAUGCAGUGUUUGAUGUAUCAUUGGGGUCUGAUAUUUAAAGGGGGAAAAAACCUGCUUGAUUAUUCCCAGGCUCUAGGGUGCACCUGAAGCAGAAGAUUGGAUCUUUGUAAGGACAGCUGAGAUUAUGUACUAAUGCGUAUAAAUAGUGGUCCGACUGUUGGUCUCUUUGGGGCGGUGUGUGUGGGGGGGAGUAUUCAGCAAAUGCUUUUGGAUUGCACAGCCUUUCCUGCGAAAGAGCUGAAAUUCCUAGAAAGAGUUCCUCAUCCUUAUCCGGCAGACAUGGUUGACUUGUGCAUCCCUGAGCACAGCAGUAGAUUCCAUGUUGCUUUUUCAUUUCGGAGGAGCUGUUACAUCUGGGCCUCUGGAGAUGGAAAGGUAGAAACCCCGAGAUCCCUUGCGUGCAGAGAGAUUCCUCGGGAUUCGAGUCUGCCGAAGCUUAUGGCUGAGCAGUCUUAAUUACUCUGCGGGUUGAUGUCUGCUCUUAUUAUAGCUCAGCCUCGACAUCUGGGCUGGAGGAAAAGCCCCCACCGCUGCAAGGAAGCGGCAUUCUACAUUUGCCUCUUCCUUCUGUCCAGAAGGAGCAGGUCCUGCCAGGUUGCCUGGGAGGCAGGCAGUAGGACCCAGGAAGCUGCCAUAUAUGAAUCAGUAUAUCAAGCCACCUAAAUCCGUAUUGUCUUUAUUGAUGGCGUCUUUCCAGCGUUCCAGGCAGGGGCCAUUCUCAGCCCUGCUUGGAGAUGAUGGGGAUUGAACCCGGGACCUUCUGUGUGCAAAUCAGAUUCUCUACUUCUGAGCUGCAGCCCUUCAGAUUAGUCAGCCGAUGACAGCAAUUAUAUUAGCUGAUGGACUGAUAGCAAAUUUUUGUGCCAGUAAAAACAGUAAGCUUUUUUGGUAUAGGUGUGGUGUAAAAGGCACACUCCUGAGAGGCCUUCUCAUUGUCCUUUCUCAUGCACAAGGUGAUGUCUCUUCCAAGAUAGCCCUUGCAAUCCGAAGCCUUUUAAUUGUGCAAAUUUUUAUUAAGCUAAUGCUCAGUUAAUCAGGACACCUUUUCCCAGUACGUCAAAAGUUUUAGGUGUUUUUUUAAAAAAAUAAUAAUAAUCUAUUUACCUGAUUGAUUUUUAAAAGAUGCAAUCCUCUAGGCAUUAAGAAGUAAGCUUGAGAUUUUGAUUAUCUGAAGCAUCAUUCUGGCUAGUUAAGAAGAGUGAAUAUAACCCAUGGUGCAGUGUAACUCACUAGUGUUUGUGGUAGCUGUGAGCUAGGGCAAUUCUAGGAGCAGGAACCCUAUCUGCCUUCAAGAGUUGGCUGUUUGAGGAAAGUUGUUUUUGGAGACUCUCGCCUCGCUAGGUUGGCUGUGAUAAGCUACAGCCUGAAAUAGACGAGGCAGCAUUCGCACGCUUUUCCGAUUCUCGUUGUUUGAGGGGGUCAGAAGAAUGGUUAGCUCCAGAGCCAACCAUUUCUCCCCCUGACUGCUGCCCUUCUGCUAAUAGAUGAUGGGAAUUGUCAUCCAGCAACAUCUGGGGACCUAAGGUUGAGGAAGCCUGCUUUAUGUGAUCCUCGGGACCCUUGCAAGAUUUGUAACUUUCAUGAGGGGAGACCGAAGGAAUUGAGAGUUGUGAAAGCUUUGCCCCUUGUGUUCAGCUCUGUCAGUCUUGCAGAAAUAAAGGAAGGCAGCAUCCUUUCCAUUAAUAAUUCAUAUCUUUACUUCUCCAUUUUACAGAUUUUUUUUUUUUUUAAUCCUCUGCCUUCCAUUAUUGAAUCAGCCUUAUUGCAGAUGGCUAAGUGCCUCUUCCUUCCUAAUAGCCGCAGUACUUCCCCCACUUCUUCUGUCAACCUAGCUGUGAUCUUGAAAUCUGGAGAAGACUGUCAAUUAUUCAAGGUUGUUUCAUGCAUCUCUUGCCUUUCUUUCGAGAAGCUCGUGCCGGAGUAUGUGGUCAUCCCUCCCACCGUAGAAGAAAUCAGUCCUGAAAGGAGCAAAUAGGUUGUGGUGUGUGCUUGGUUGAGGGGCGUAUGCGUGGCACCCACAACAGCGCCUCUGGUUUACAAACACGCCCAUGGGCCCAAAAAUGUUGGUGACCAUGGGAUCGUGGGAAGUGUAGUUUGUUAAAGUUGAAGAGAUUCGUGCAUCUGAAGGCAGCCCUGUUUAGGGAAGCUUUUAAUGUUUAAUAGAUUAUUGUAUUUUAAUGUUCUAUUGGAAGCUGCCCAGAGUGGCUGGGGAAACCCAGCCAGAUGGGCGGGGUAUAAAUAUUUAUUAUUAUUAUUAUUAUUAUUAUUAUUAGACUCCCCUAAUCCUCUCACAGAGCUACAAUUAUCAGAGUGGUUUAAGAGUCUGAGAAUUAUUCCCAGGGAAUUCUGGGAACUGUAGCCCUGUGAGGGGAAUGGGGGAGUUAACUCCCCAACUCUCAGUACCUUGAGCAAACUACGCUUCCCAGAAUCCUUUGGGUGAAGCGAUUAGUGUUUUAAGUUGUGUUAUACUGCUUUAAAGGUACAGGCCAGAUGGGGCUUGGUUGCAGCACAUCACCAACUUCUCUGAAAGGCGAUAGUGUUGGUACUUGUAGAGCAGAUGUCUCACUGGCUGGUUAAAAGCUCACCUGUUCACAUGGGUGUUCCCAGGCACUUGACCCUUAGUAUAAAUCCUUGGUGGGAAAUCUGUCUGUGUAUAUUAUUAUAUUUAUCAUUAUUUUAUCGUAUUGGUUUUGUUUUGUAAACAACCUUGCUUGUUUUGUUUUAAAUUCCGCUUCUUCUAAGGUCUUUGCACCUCAAAGGAAGAUUGAAUAGAAGCAGUAAAAAGAAAACCAAUGGAAGAGAACAGUAUCAUAAAGAAUCCAAGCACCAUACAUCGUAUAUGUUAAUAGCAACCUUAGUUCUUGGCAGGCGCUUCUCUUUAUGGAGCCAAAAUGGCACCACUCUUGCACAUGACGGAGGUGGUGGCAUGUGAGGAGAUGGGAAAGCAAGAUUGCAGAAGUAUAUACCGAUACUUAAAGGGGGGGGUCUAAUGUGGGGGGAGGGAAAAAUAGUUGUGCUCAUACUGGGAUAUGAAUGAAAUGGGAAACUGGAAGGGGGAGAUGGGGAAAUGCAAUGGGGUAUUUGGGUAACAGGCCGGCCUCUUGCACAGCAGCACUGGACACUGCAACACUUGGUUGCAGCCACACACACCCUGCAGAAAACAUUUCCAAAUGAGCAGAAUUUAAAUCUCGGCACCAUAUUUCUAGAAUUCUGAGGACAAGCUCAUUCAGGCAGGUGGGGCUUGUGCUGUUGUUCCUCUCAGUGCCUUAAAAUACAGUGGUGCCCCGCAAGACGAAUGCCUCGCAAGACGGAAAAACCGCUAGACGAAAGGGUUUUCCGUUUUGAAGUUGCUUCGCAGGACGAAUUCCCCUAUGGGCUUGCUUCGCAAGACGAAAAUAUCUUGCGAGUCUUGAGAUUUUUUUCGCUUUUCCCCCCCUUUAUCUAAUCUGCUAAGCCUUUAAUAGCCUUUAAUAGCCUUUUAGCAGCUAAUCCCCUAAGCCUUUAAGCCUUUAAUAGCCGCUAAACCGCUAAUAGCGCUAAUAGCGCUAAUCCGUCAAUGGGCUUGCUUCGUAAGACGAAAAAACCGCUAGACGAAGACUCUCGUGGAACGGAUUAACUUCGUCUUGCGAGGCACCACUGUACCAUCCUUACAGAUUGUGCAUAGCAUCAGGCUAAAUCUGAAAGGAUUCUGUCUCUUUUCCUCUCAACUUGCAUUCUUCAUCCAGAUUUCUCCACCUUCAAAGACUCAGGUGAAUUUUCUCCCUCAGUUUAUAUAAUAGGGUUGCCAUACAUCUGGAAUUUCCCAGACACAGCUGCGAUUCGACCACCAGUGUCCGGGUGUAUCACAUUUCUUGCGAUUUUGCCAAGAAGCUCAACAGCUUUGCCCGAAAAAGGCUCAACAACUUUUCUGUCUGGAUUUUCACUUUUGAAAUAUGGCAACCCUACCCUAGGAGUUGGCUCCUAUGCUUCUUAAUAUACUAGUUUGUAUACAUCCAGGGAUUCUUUUUUAAAACACUGUUGAGCCUUCAGACAUGCAGCAGCCUACCUGCAACUUGGAGCACUAGAGCAGGGUUUCCCAAACUUGGGUCUCCCAGCUGUUUUGCGGCUACAGUUCCCAUCCCUUCCAACUGGUUCUGCUAGCUAGGAAUGCUGGGAGUUGUAGUCCAGGUUUGGAGACAACCCUGCACUGGAGUGUAGCAAGGGCUAUGUCUUGUGUUUUGACUCUGCAACUCAGCUCUUAUGGCCACUUCCUGACCCCUUCACUUGCUUGCAAUGACUGGGUUCAUCUUACACACGUCUUAAGCACUCUGCCCAGUUCUCCAUUACUUCUGCAUAGAGCACUCAGCACAUGGUUUUUUAAAAAACAACAAUAGUAACAGCAGUUUUCUCUUUCUCCCUCCAAUUCUUUAGAAAGAAAUUCAAGCCAUGAGUCAGUGCCAUCAUCCGAACAUCGUAUCUUACUAUACUUCCUUCGUAGUGAAAGAUGAACUCUGGUUAGUGAUGAAGCUUCUCAGUGGAGGUAAGUAUAAGGUUAUUAGGUGUGUCUGUGUGUGCUCUCAGGUUGUUUUGGUUCUAGUCUAGUAAAAGGGACUUUCAAAACAUUCAAAGAGGUAUUUUUGUUUCUAACACUGAGUAGCAAUUUUCACUUUUUAAAAAUAAAACAUAUCCUACCCUUUUUCAAAAAGGCAUCUAAAUAGAGCUUUAAAAGAUAAUCUGAUAAUUUUAUUUGUCAGAUUUUAUUUAUUUUAACCUGAGUGAUUCCCAAAUACAGUUGCUUGGCUCCAUUUAAUGGCAAAGCCAUAGCUAGGGUUGGACAAUACCUGGUUUUCAACAUCGUAAUAUAUCACUAGCUAAACAUCGUGUUAUACUGAUAUUUCAGACAGGAUGGAGCUAUGUAGAGGCAUUGGCUGGCUUCACGGUUUUUCCUGCAUUGUCAUUUUUGCAUAGCACACAAACACGUUAUGAUUCACAAGUUUUGAAAUUGAUAUCACAAGACAGACUUUGGAGGUCUUUAAGCAGAGGCUUGACAACCAUAUGUCAGGAGUGCUCUGAUGGUGUUUCCUGCUUGGCAGGGGGUUGGACUCGAUGGCCCUUGUGGUCUCUUCCAACUCUAUGAUUCUAUGAUUGACAUAACACCCAACCCUAGUCAUAGCUUGGGUAUCCUCGAAAGAUUCCAUCACUUACAGACUCAUUGUUAAAACUGUGUUUAUGGAAGACAAUCUUACUUGGCUAUGAGUGAUUGCCAAAGAAGAAAGAUCAUGAUUAUUAUGCCUGAGGCCUGCAAACUUCCCACAAGACUUGGAGGUUCCCUCACUUCCUGGUUUGGCACACUAUAGUUUCUUUUGACAUCCAUAAUGGACAAAUUGUAGCUUGCCUACUAACUAGAAUUAGAAACAAACUAUGGGUUCUGCCAAAGUUUGACCUAUUUGGAUUUCAUAAAGUAUGGUUUACCUUAACCAGGAAGUGAUUUGGAAAUGGCUGAAUGCAGUGCAUAGCCACAGCUACAUGGUACGAGGACCCCUUAUUUGAGCAGAACUUCUGUUCUUGCUCCUCCCACCUACCCCUGACACUAGCAGUCCUGUAACCCUCAGGAAUAGCUCUUGGCAGAGGAGGGAGCAGUUGGUUCUAGCAGGAAACUGGAGAGGUUGCAAAGCCCUGUUUGAACACAACUUCUCCAGAUGUUCUUUGGAUCUAGGCCAAUUACCUUUAUUUUUUUGGUAGAAAUUAAAAGGAUGGCUUGUGUUCACUUGCAGACAUUAAUAGUACCCUAGCUAAACCUACCCACUCAACCCUGCCAGAGACAUCUUGUGAAAAUAGCAGGAAUAUUAAUAAAUUACUUGAUAAUCUAGAAAAGCUUGAGGGAAGGUGACUGAGGAGGGAGAAUCUGUUUCACCUGUUUGGGAUGAGGGGACCUGAUACUCUUUCAGACCUGACUUUUCUUCACAUCUUUAAAGGAUGAAGAAAGCAGAGUAGGAGAUUUCAAGAGCCACUUUUUAUUUUUGGUAGAAUACCUGUUUCUUGCUAUGCAUUUAAACUUGAUUUGUUAAAAGGCACAAGUUUAGUUGGCGAAAACGGCCUCAAUCAGUUGGCAUCCCUAUUCUUGGACCCUCUUUCUUUCUUUUGUUGCUGCUUUGGUGUUCAGACCUGUUGCUUGGGAUCCUCGGUGUAGCUGCAAUUUGUCAGGAUUCCCAGGAGGUUGAGCUGGCAGCCUCCCCGCAUGCAGCAACUUCAGAUUCUAUCUCCCUUAUCUGCGGAACGUUGCCGCCUGUCUUUGGAGAGAGUGCAGUUCUUAGUUACGCACGCAAGGCUCUUCCAGCAUGUGUCAUAAAUCAGCUCUUUAUUGACCUUUUCCUCUCCCUUAAUUAUCUCGUUAAGUCUCUUUUACCUGGCAUUUGAAGAGGGAGGGGUAAAAGAAGGGAAGGGAAAGGUUCUUGAGUGAUGACUGUGCGUCUUUCAUCUCUCUCUCUCUCUCUCUCUCUCUCUCUCUCUCUGUUUCUCCCUCCUGCUGCAAAACUCUAAUGCCUAGCAAUGAGGAACACCAAUUGAUUCCUUUAGAAUUUGUGUUCAAGCCGGUCAUUUCCAUCUCACCCUACUUUGCAUUGACUUGUCUGCUGAGGAACCUUUGUCCAUUACAGACAACGUCUUGAUGGUAGGGCAGUCUGACAAUGGACUGAUUAAGCUGAUGGGGUUGGUAGGCUCUCCCUCCCUGGUGGUCUUCAAACAAAGGCUAGACAGCCAGCUGUUGGAGAUGCUCAAGCUGUGGACUUCCUGCAUCGAGCAAAGGGGUUGGGGAAUGUGGCUUGCAAGCCAUCCUCAUCAACUCAGAUUCUAACCCAGAUAUCCUUGAAUAUUAGUUCCUUCAGAUCAGCUACUUAAAACUCUGCACAUUUCCUGGUUUAAAAGUGAUCUGUGUGUAGGAAAUAGUGUGUAGCUGGUGUGCAGGUUGAAGUGGAGUGGUCUACACAUAAGUUUCAUACUACAUAUUUCCCUACAUCAAAGUGCCUUCUGUGUAGGAUUUUUGCAGCCUUCCCUUGAGGAAGGGAGUUGUCUUGGGGUUUCCAAAGCUUUGGAGCUGAAUCCCUCUUGAGUUUUAUAAGCAGGUUAGUUUUCCAGAAUAGCUUUCACGACAGAGAUUCUUCUGCCAAUUGAGGAAAGCUUCUACAAGUCUAUGAUUCUAUGAAACUUCCAAGUCAGUGGAUGACUUCAUAACCAAGGAGGAAGUCACUGAAGGCCAAAGCAGUGUUUCGCUCUCAGUCUGCAGACUGUCUAAUAACUUUCUCUAAAACACAUUUCUUUCCCCAUGUGUCUUGUUAACUGCGAUCAUCUCUUUCCCACAGGGAGUUCAGGGUGUGUCACUUCCUCUCCUUGGAAAAGAAUUUUAACUACUCCAUAAAACUCCCUCUCUCUAGGGAAGGAAAAGUGAAGCCUCUCUGGAUUAAUAUAUGGAGAAGUUAAAGAAUGGCUCAACAAAAUUAAGUUGAAGUAUGUCUUGAGCUGGGGUGCGAUAGGUUCUGCUUUAUGAUAAACUUGCUGGAUAGGACUGUUCUUUGAGCCUCAUAGCUUAAUUUGUACUUAUAUUCCCAUUACAUUUUCAUUUUUUGGAAAUGCCACUCCAUUCUGUUCUGGAAGAAGAGUUAACAAAUAAAUAAAUAAUCGUGAUUCAUAAGGACCAUAAACUUGAUGUCAUUGCCGUUGGUUGGCUUUAGAAGGGAGAAACCCAUUUCAAGCACAGCUUUGCACAGAUUAAUAGCAUUGAAAUGCCUAUAAUUGGACCACUGAAAAUGAAGCACUUUCAGUAAAAAGGAAGCAUUUUCAGAAUAAUGCUUCAGGGAGCAUUAUUAAGGGGGCUGAAGGGGGCUUGAUGAAGUUCAUUGAGAGAAGAUGAGAAGAGCUUUUGAGAGUGAGUCUUGGUGCAGCUACAUAAUGUCUAGACGCACCUUUGCAAGGCUGUUUGCAUAUUAAACUGGGCAGGUUGCCUUAGUGAAAAGCAGGUAUGGAAGCCAGGAUCCUGAUUGAUCAUUCAUUCAUUCAGUGCCUGUUGCAUCUAUGGCUGUGUCUCAACAUUUGCACAUCCUAAUCCAAACAGUUCUUUUUUUCUUUUCUUUUUUUGCCGGGGGGGGGGGGAGCUGGGAGUCUCCAGCCUCUCCCAUUUCUCAUUCUGCUCAUGACUUGCUUUCCUCCUGAGUGGCCCAUGAAUACCCACUUAGGUCUAUACACACGCACUCCCCCUUCUCACUGCCUCUUGCCUUAUUUUUAUUUCCAACAUAUGUCUGCAACCGGAGGCUAACUAGCAAUUUCAGUGAUGCAUGAGGCAGCAUAAAUACGCCUUUUCAGAUGUUAUUGUGGGUCCUGGAGGCAUAAACAUUUAUCUCUUGGUGAUUCACAUGGCAAUUGCCAUAGCAAGGAGGUAGCUUUUUUGAAAUUCCAUUAUCUUGUCAGCUUCCCCAAAACAGUGAAGAACAUGUCAUGGGCUUUUGCUUGUGCCUUUGAAUCUUUUUUCUAAGGAGCACUCUUGCCGAUGCUUCCAUUACUUCUUAAGCAUCUUAACCUUGAACCUGAAUGCUUCCAAACACCUAGGAGAGGCUGGGUUUGAUACCAGCACUGCAUAUCAUGGCCUAUUAUUUUCCUUGGAUGCCUUGGUUAUCUUCCCCUUCAGUCUAUAUUUGUAUCUUCCCUUUAAAAUGCUUUUAAUGAUGCCUGCUUUAUUUGCUUCUUGCACGGUUGAGGCAUUAACCUCUUUGGAAGCUAUUAUUUUUGAAGGGUGGAAGGGUUGAGGAGUUCCACUAUGGUUUAUUUCAAACCAGGAACACAAGAGGCUGCCUUGUAGCGGAUUAUCUAUUGUUACUUCCAUCUAAGAAUUAUGUACAUAGUGCCCUCUAGAUGAUGUAGGACUACAGCUCCCAUUAUCCUUGACCAUUGGGCAGUGCUGGCUGGUGCUUAUGGGAGUUGUAGUCCUACAUUUGUUGGCUGCCCUUGAUCUACACACUCAGAGCGGUGUAAGACGUUUUGUAGAGUUGCUAAAGAUUCAGAAAAAGCGCAGCCAAAACAAUCAAGAGCAUGGCCAACGAGGCUGAUGGGAGUUGUAGUCCUACAGCACCUGGAGGGCAUUGGAUUGGGGACAACUAGUUCAGUGGAUAGUGGUGCACUUGAACCCUCUUCCUCCUUCAGGAAGUUCAACGUGGCACACGUGGGGAUUAUCCCAUAUUCAUCUCGACAAUCCUGGGAGGCAGGUUGGACUUAGAAGUAGUGAUUUAGCUCAGUGCCCCCUGCUGACCUUCAUGACUGGAGAAGAAUUUGUACCCAGAUCUUGCUGCUCCAAACCCAGCAUAGUUCAUUAUACCAGGCUUGCUCCUAGCUCACCAACUUGAGGAGCUGUUGGUCAUUCUAAGUAUGGGGUGAUUUCAAAGCCUUCUCCCAAGCAAGGCAUUAGCUGGAGUUUUCCUGCUUAAAUAGAAUGUGCUCCCAUAUAUCCCUGUUCCCCCGGCUGGAGGAAGGGAAUAUCUUUUCCAAUAAGAAAAUGUAGGAAGGGAGAGGAUAUGGUUUGUUUGUGUUACUACUAGUUAUGUCUAAGAAUACAGUAAUCAGCCCAGAAACUGGUUGUUGUAUUAACACAUAAGUAUUGCAAAUAAAGGGGAUGCGGGUGGUGCUGUGGGUUAAACCACAGAGCCUAGGACUUGCUGAUCAGAAGGUCGGUGGUUCGAAUCUCCGCGACGGGGUGAGCUCCCGUUGCUUGGUCCCUGCUCCUGCCAACCUAGCAGUUCAAAAGCACAUCAAAGUGCAAGUAGAUAAAUAGGUACCGCUCCGGCGGGAAGGUAAACGGCGUUUCCAUGUGCUGCUCUGGUUCACCAGAAGUGGCUUGGUCAUGCUGGCCACAUGACCUGGAAGCUGUACACCAGCUCCCUCGGCCAAUAAAGUGAGAUGAGUGCCGCAACCCCAGAGUCGGCCACGACUGGACCUAAUGGUCAGGGGUCCCUUUACCUUUACCUUUAUUGCAAAUAAAAUUAAGGAAUAAAAUAGGUCUGGACAACCAGCAGAAACAAACACCCCCAUUUGUGUUUUUUAAAAAAGGUUGUUUCUUGCUGUUUCAGCUCACUGAUUUUAAAACAUUCUGUAAAGUGAAAAGCACAGGAGCAAGUCAGGCAGUUUUCUUGGGUCACUUGGCAGCACCGUGUGGUAGUCUUGCCACAGUCCUGAGCCACUGAUGAAUGCUUGGGGGGGGGGGUUCAAGGGGGUGUGUGGGUGCUUAUGUGAAAGCACUAAGGCAGUAUUGUCUAUGCCAUACCUUUGACACACAUUUCCUCGUGCCCAAAUAAUUUGGGGCACUGUAGUUUCUUAAGAGUUGCUAGGAAUUAUAGUUGCUGUGAGGGGCAAACUACAGUGCCCAGAAUUCUGGGAGGGAAAUAAUGUGCUUCAGAUGUGUUUUAAAAGUAGUGUGUGUAUGUGUGUGUGUACGCAACCUCAGUGCAAGGGCUAUACAGUCAUACCUCUUGUUACGUUUGCUUCAGGUUACAUCUUUUCAAGUUGCGUCCCGCAGCGACCCGGAAGUACCGGAAAGGGUUACUUCCGAGUUUCGCCUCUUGCGCAGACAUGCAAAAUGACGUCAUGCGCAGAAGCAGGGAAUCAUGACCCGCAUGUGCACAGACGCAGGUUGCACUCCUUUCAGGUUGCAAACGGGGCUCUGGAACGGAUCCCAUUCGCAACCAGAGGUACCACUGUAAUGCUAUGUGGUGCUCUAGGUUUUGAUUGAGGAUAUGCAGGAAUUCCUCAGCAGUCAAAAGGAGGUAGGAAAAAAUCACCUCAAGGUAGAAAGUUUAGGAGGAGGCCGGGUUGGUUCCAGACUGAGCCACCUCCCCUUCCUGCAUACACGUUUAUCGGGUCUUAGUGGUGCUAACUGUCAUUCUGGAUUAAUCGGCAAUCCAAAAUAAAUACUGUUUAAACUUAAUUUUCAAUGGGGGUAAGUCUUAAGGAUUCUAGGCUUUUGAAACUCCCCGAAACAAGCCUGGGCAGGCAGUCUCCCCCACCGUGAAACGUUAAUCCCCAGGCUAAGCACAAUGAACUCUCUGUAACUUUUAUUCCAAAUUAAAUUGCUGCUUCAAUAUCUGAGGCCUGUAAGCACCCUAAGGUUUUUUAUUGACCUUUUUAAAUAUAUAUAUUUUAAAAGCUAGAUUAGGACCAGCUCUUGGCACACUUUGGGGAUGGUGGCUGGAUUUCCUAAAUCCUUUCCACAAAUUACUGUUGCCGACACUUUGAUUUAGUAGCAUCGUCACACAAGUUGCAUUCAAGUGAGAGAGAGAGAGAGAAAGAGAGAUGGGAGGUGCUGGGCAGAACUGGUAGCUCAGCCCUAAUUCUACCUGCUUAAAUGUCUCAUGCAAGAUACUUUAUUUCAAGGGCUGCAGAACUGGUGCUUCUGCAGGUAUUGUGGGAUACCCAGUUCCAAAAAUACCUGCCCAUGAGCUGUGCUAGGUUCAGCUGAUGGGAGCUGAGAAUCCCAUAAUAGCUGGAGAGCCACAAGUUCCCCACCCCGCUUUCCUUUCUAACAACCUUUCCUUGCUCCUUUUACUCUUUCGAUAGUGUGGUCCAGCCACUACAAUCCAAGGGAAAGCUAAGCUAUGGUUUAGCAUUAUAUCCAAACCAUAGUUUAAUAUCCUUGCUCUCACACAUGGGUGUGUACGCACACCUGUGCUGGGAUCAUACUUACAAGGCUAAACCAUAGUUAAACUCAAAUGUCCAAAUGCAGGCAAUGCAAAAAUAUAGCAAGCAGUAGUUUGUAUACUCCCAUCAUUCAGUACCCAAAACACGGUUUGAGCACAUAUAACAGGCAGAUCAUGGUUUGGAGCUGCUUAUUUGCCUUCUUUCUCAGCCAUUUCUGCAUUCAGCAUUCAAUAAUUGGGAGGCAGAGCCAUGGCAGGAACACUGGCUUGGCAGAAUGUUUGAACAGAACAAACCACACUUGGCACAGGCCACAGUUUGCCAACGUACAUGGUUUCUGAAUCCGGCUUCCCAGCUAACUGCAAGCUGUUCAUCUGUUCAGAAAUUACACCAAACUGCAGGUAAAGCUUCCUUGGUUUCUUUGAUGUUUUAGAACUGAGCCAUGAGACAAGUAACUUAACAGGACUUGCCAAUGCAAACUGGCAGCUGUGCAGGAACUUUGUUCCGUGGGGGCUUUCUCUGAGUGCUGGGGACAAAGAGGUAAGCCCAUCGAAAGGCGUUCAAGAGCAUUCAUUGAGUGAGGUGCAAAUAUCAUUAGGUGGCUUACGAGUCACCCAUUCCCUAUCAACCGCAUGAAGCUGGACGCAAAUGAGAGGAUGAAUAUCUUGAUAUAACUGGUGGUGUAAUCAGGCGCUGCCCCCAAUUUUACUAACGUGUUUCUUCUUUUCCAUAUAGGGUCUGUUCUGGAUGUUAUUAAACACAUUGUGGCAAAAGGAGAACACAAGAGCGGAGUGCUGGAUGAACCCGUGAUAGCCACGAUCCUGAAGGAGGUGCUGGAAGGACUGGAAUACCUGCAUAAAAACGGACAAAUCCACAGGUGGAUCUCUUACUGCAUUUAUAACUUGCUGUCUUAUAUUGUGCUUCUUGUGGGAUCAACGUGCCUCCCAGUCUGUUCCUUUUGUGUGAAUGAGGCCACAUUUGUUUUCAUCUGACAUGCUAAGAGCCAUGGCAGAGGCAAACUUGAUGCACUCUCUUUCUCCAGAACCUCCUUGCAAGCCGGAGUCGGGAUUUGAAUACAGGACCCAGUGUUUGGGAGUGCCCCUGUGCAUUGCACCUACUUUAGCACUACUGACACAUUUUGCGUUUGCUUGUUGUUGGUCUUGAAUUACCGUAUUUUUUGCUCUAUAAGACUCACUUUUUCUCUCCUAAAAAGUAAGGGGAAAUGUGUGUGCGUCUUAUGGAGCGAAUGCAGGCUGCGCAGCUAUCCCAGAAGCCAGAACAGCAAGAGGGAUUGCUGCUUUCACUGCGCAGCAAUCCCUCUUGCUGUUCUGACUUCUGAGAGUCAGAAUUUUUUUGUUCUUGUUUUCCUCCUCCAAAAACUAGGUGCGUCUUGUGGUCUGGUGCGUCUUAUAGAGCGAAAAAUAUCCAGCCAUUUACUGCACUCAUACACUUCCCUCCUGAAAUUUGAAGGCUUAUUUUUAUUAAUAUUGUCUCUGCUUUUAAAAAAUAAAAUAAAAUGCUGAACUGGUCCAUCAGCACUGUCUACACUGGCUGGCAGUGGCUCCCCACUGAGCAACAGCCUUUUCCACCACUGACUACAACCUGCAUUGCAAAUUACUGGCAAUUCUAUGAAAUAAUGCAUUUCUGAAACUUGAAGAUGUUUCCACCCUCUCAUUUUCCACUGGUCAGGCCAUUCUUUUGAUCAUUUCUGGAUUCCCCCUCUCCCAGCUUUUUGCAUGCUGAGUAGUACUGCCAAUUGCAUUCACGAUUGCCAGGUUUACGUGUUAAGUUUUCAAUGCACGGGUGCCUCCAAAGACAGCUGUCACCGUAUAGAGACUUUCCCCCCCCUUUCGGACCAGCUCCAAACAGACGUUGUUCUUGGGGUGCAUCUGCUUGCCUGCUUAGAGGUGGAGCUGAAUCGGAAGAGGAGUUUCAAGACUUUGUGGAAGAAAUAAGCUCCAAGCAGCUUAUCCAAGUUAGCACAAUAAAACGAUUGUUCGGGGCCUGUGCAGUGGAAGGCCUGAGUCAUAGCUCACACCUUUAGCAGAAAAGCAGCCCAGUACCAUCAGAGCCAUGGCGUGGAGGCAGGACGAAUGCCUUUAGUACAUCUGACCAAAUUUGGCGCCCAGCUUAUUGGCGGAGUGAGAAGGGAGUGUCUUUCUGGAGUGGAGCCUGCCUUCCCCCUUAGUUAUCGUAUGUUUUGAGAGGAGACGGUGGGAAGAACAGGUCAAGCUGUUAAAGUAGUGCAUUGGCAGGGACCUGACGUGUUUGUGUGUGAGAGGGAGGGACAGAGAGAGAAUUUAGACCCUGCAGAUGAGUGUUCAUUUAAACACUCUGAUUUCUUUUAAAAUAUAAGUUUAUGCAGUAAAUGGUUACAUGUGGCUUUCUUGUCUUAACAUUUUCAAAGAUUAAGCCAUAUUUGCUUUUUUUUCUCUCUCUCUUAAAAAAUGUACUGGUUUCACUACCCUCCCUCAAGCCUUCAAGGGCAGGAGAAGUAUAAGUUCUACCUACUACAAGCUUAAAGGUGUAGGUGUGUAGGACCCAGUACACUUUAUAGCAUCUUGCAUUAGCUAGUUCCUUGCUGGGCCUCCUACAGGAGUUCAGGGUAUUAAAAAAAGGGGGGGGGGGAGGAAUUUAGGUAUUUGUUUGCUGUCUUUGAGGGCUAUUUGGCCUUCUCAAGGCGGUUCACGUCACAAAGAAUAGCAUAUGACUUUCACAAUAAAAGUAGUUCAAUUUAAAAGAGAACAACAACAAAAACUGCAGCAGCAAAUGAAAUAAUGCGUAAAAGUUCAGAGCGGCCUCAAAUUUAAUCAGUUAAAUCUUGCUGGGCCUGUGGGUUUAAUUAGGCCUAGUCUGGGUCCAACUGGUCCACCAGCUUGUUUUUCCCAAACCGUGGCCACCUGCCCCUAACCCAACAACAGAUUCUGAGCAGGCAAGGAUGUGGCUACAAAGGAACGACUAGGAGCUUAAAGCGAGCACCCGAUCGUUCCUUUGCAAGCUCGCUGUCAGUUGCAGCCAGCUGAUUGACGCUGUCAGCAAGUGCAUCCGGGGCAUCUUUAAGGGGAGUCACUGUGAGCUCCUUUGAAGUUCACUUUCAGGUGUAAUUUGGAUUCCAGCCACAACUGCAAGUGGACUUCAAAAAGGCUUGCAGUUGCUGCCAUUCAACUGCCAAAUUGGCCUUCGGUGGGUGGGUGAAUCAAGGACCUGGCCAAUUGGUCCAGUUCAGUUCCCCAUAUCUGAGAUAAAGUAGGGCUGGGCGACACCUGGUUUUCAACAUUGCGAUAUAUCAGCAGCUAAACACUGCAGUAUACGGAUACGUUGCAAUGUCUGAAAUAAGGAUGGAGCUAUGUAAAGGCAUUGGCUGGCUUCACGGUUUCCCCCACAUUGUGAUUUUUGCAGAGCACACCCACACACCCACACCCACACACCAUGAUUCACACUAUAUUGUCCAGUCAAAAAUUAUGAAACCAAUAUGAUAUGGACUUGAAACUGGUUUUUGGACGAUAUAUCGCCCAGCCCCAAACACAUCAUGAUUCAUGAUAUAUUGCCAGGUCAAAAACUAUGAAAUCAAUCACAAUAUGGACUUCAAACCGGUUUGGAUGAUAUAUUGAUAUAUUGCCGAGCCCUAAACAGGAUAAGGGAGAAUUACCCACCAUCUGAUGCAAGUGACUUCUCUCUUCCUUAACACUGGGCUUCUUGCCAUGAGCAAUAUUUCCCCCAAGCUUCUUUGGCAAGGGUUUAGGGGAGAUUUGGCUUGGGAACUUUUGUUUGCUGUGGAAGAAAGCCCAGUUGGGAAGCUGCCAUGCAUGCAGGAAGUUCUAGGUUCAAUCCCCAGUAUUUCCGGGUAGGACUGGGAAAAACUCACUGCUUGAAACCCCAAAGAACUGCUGCCAGCCAGUGUAAGCAGUCCUGACCUAGGUGGUCCAAAGGUCUGUCUCAGAUGCAGGCAGCACCCUAUGUUCCUGUGUAAAGUGCUGCAGGUGAGCAAUCCCCGUGGAGCAUCCAGGUAAUGCACUUUGUACCACCUGCAAACUCCUCCACGGUCUUCAAAGGUUGCCCUGGUGUGCCAGCGGUGUGUUGCACUGCGGUUAAUCCUAGAGGCUUUGAAGGCCAUGGAGUGUGUUCUGUGACUAAGGAGGGGGAAAAGGAGACCACUCCCAGGCCUGAGUGACAAGAGUCAGUUGAUGUGUUAAAUAUUUUGCACCACUCCCAAUUCUGGACACUUGACUUGCCUUUGCAUUUGUUCAUGGAUUAUCAUGUGUCCAGUUGCUUGAUGGAUGAUCCUCUAUAAUCUGUAACCAAAGCAAAUGGGAGAACUGCUGGGAAGUUACUGGGCAGAGUUUGAAACUUAAGCCCUUUCAGGUGGUGCUGCUUUUUCUUUUUUUAAAUAGCUUUCUGACAAGCCAGUCAUGGUUAGCUUAACUGGAUGGAAGUUCUUGUUCUCUCUCUCUCUCUCUCUCUCUCUCUCGGAUGCCUUUGAGCUUAUGAUCAGCUCUUGCGUAACUGAAUAUUUUGACAAGCUUGGAGAGGAAUCAAUAAUACUAUGUGUGUUGUUGUUUUUGGUUUUCAAAAAAUGCAUCUUAGCUUCGGGAGGUUUUCCUUUUUGGUAUGCUGGAUUGUUGGGGCUACACGCAGGUGCUCUCUAAAGUCGGUCGACAUGGCUGAAAUAUAAAGGUUUGCUUGGGACAUUCUGAAAGCUGACCUGGGUACCAUUGAAAGUGAGCAAACGUAGACUCAGGGCCUAAAUCUCUUGCAGCAGAAAAGGGGGAUCCUGUGGCUGCUCCAGAUGUUGUUGGACUCCUAGUGUGGUUGGACUCAGGCUCCCAUCAGUUCCAUGCAGGCACGGCAGAAGCUGUAGCCCAACAACACAGCCACAGCUCCCCCACCUUGUCCUACAACUGUUUCGGUAGCUUGGAUCCAGCUGUGCUUGGCAGUGAAAUAGCCUCUCCGCUCUAGAAAUGGCUCACAUGGAGGGACAGUUUCACACAUUCCCUGGUGGCGCACCCAGUGUUUGAAAUUCGCUAGGUGUCAAGCACAUUUUACACCUGGCUAUCGGCCACUUGUGACCAAGUGAACAUGGCCAGGCGCCAGGAUGGCGCUGGAUGUCUCCGUCACCUGGAGGUGUGUGUCUGGGGAUCCUUGGAUCUUGCCUGUUUUCACACACCAGCAACACACCCUGUAGAAUUCUGUCUGUGGUAUUUUAUCUGCACAAUCAGAGCACAUCUCAAGAACCAAAAAUUUGUAUUGAAAGAUACGACUUUCAAGCCGCCUGGCCCCAAAAUGGCAACUAGGCAUUUUAGUGAUUGUAAAAGGUAAAGGUAAAGGUACCCCUGACCAUUAGGUCCAGUCACGGAUGACUCUGGGGUUGCUCGCUAAUCUCACUCUAUAGGCCGAGGGAGCUGGUGUUUGUCCGCAGACAGCUUCCGGGUCAUGUGGCCAGCAUGACUAAGCCGCUUCUGGUGAACCAGAGCAGCGCACGGAAAUGCUGUUUACCUUCCCACUGGAGUGGUAUGUAUUUAUCUACUUGCACUUUGACGUGCUUUCGAACUGCUAGGUGGGCAGGAGCUGGGACUGGGCAACAAGAGCUCACCCCGUUGCGGGGAUUUGAACUGCCGGCCUUUCGAUCGGCAAGCCCUAGGCUCUGUGGUUUAGACCACAGCGCCACCCAUGUCCCUUGCUGACUGUAACCCUGGUUUAAUGAGCCGUUUGGCGCCUAGCUUAUAUAUCAAGAGUUUCUACCACUGGGCACACCCAGCCCUGGCAAUGGGAGAUGUAGCCCAUCAUCAACAUUUGUGGCCGUAGGAGACGCACAUCUGCAAGCUUGUGUUUUUCUUGCUUUCGUGUUCUUCAUAAGGCAUGGCAGUGAUAAUUAUCAGCUCAUAUGCUACGUUGGAAAGGAUUGGGACUAGGUACAGUUGCUUUGUGCCCUGUUUGGACAGAGGCAGCGUAUUUCUGCCUAAUGGGUGCUGAAGACCACUAGGGAUGGCUGCUUCCACCUUGCUCUGCUUUGGAGAUUCCCAGAGUGGCAAAGAGGAUGUUGCCUUCCACAGAGUCAGACCAAUUGGCCCUGCCAGCUCAGCAGCUUUGCAGGUUUGGGGGCAGGGAGCAUUCCCAGCCCUGUGUGCUGGCCUGUGUUCUGAUCCCACAGGGCUGCUUUUCUGUUUUCUGUUUCCCCUAAGUCUGGCUAUCCCUGGUGAUCCCAGGGAAGACAGAGGAAAACUUUUCCUGACUGCAUACGUACACCUCCUGAGAAUAUUGUUUUCAGAAUCUGAGUAAUUCAAGACAUUGCGAUUCUCUCUCCAUUCUGCUCUAUGAAGUUUCCUGUCGUUGUAAAGUGUUGACAUUUAUGCAUACUAUUUUAAUUGUUUGGUGUGUUGUUGUUUUUUUAAAAAAACCUUCCCUUUCCCCCAAAGAGCCCUGCAGGGAUAUAUAUUUUCCCACUGCUUAAAUGCGCUCCUUUCUCCAAUCUCUCCUCCUUGCAUGUCAGAAAUUCCAAAUCCGAGCUGCGCAAAAUUGGAAAAAUGUCAGCUGUAAUAUUUGAUUCCUCAAAAGAUUGGUCAAGGCCCCCGGAAGCGUAGGAACAGAACGCGGCUUUUCCCCUGUUGGAUGCCGACUCAUAUUUCUGGGAUCCUGAGUAAUGCUUUGACAAGAUUGCUCACAGAUGCUGCAGUUGGGAGUGUGUGUGUUUUUAAUUUUGAAGAAGAGGAAAAUCCAUUCUCCGCAGAAUUGCUAUGGAGACUAUCAAGGACUGCAACUCUUGUGUUAACCAUUGUAUCCUGUGCGAUUCUUUUCUUUUCCCCAUCCUCUUUCCGACAUCAGAUGGUUUUUGCUUCAGGGGAGUUGUAAGUGGAGAAAUCCAGUGGGAACAAGGAGGUCAGGAAAAAAGAUUAGUGGGGAGGUUGGCAUAAGGAUGUGGAACCUGGUCUCUCCUCUCCUCUUGGUCUCCUGGGCAUCAAGGAGAUUAGACUGGCUUCGACCAGGGCCAGGGCCUUUUCUGCUGUGGCCCUGGCCUGGUGGAAUGCUCUGUCGCAAGAGACCAGGGCCCUGUGGGACUUGACAUCUCUCCACAGGGCCUGCAAGAUGGAGCUGUUCCGCCAGGCCUUUGGCCGGGGUCCAGUCUGGCUCCCCCCCUCUCCUUAUAAGAACUUGCAUGAAAGUGGCCCCCCAACUUUUCUCACAGGCUCAUAUAAGAUCAGUAUAAACAGUUAGGCCUGGUGAGCAUUUAAGGUCCCCAUCUCUAAUUUGCGGGUUGCCAUCUGAUUGGAUUUCACUUUGAUUCUGAUUUGAUUUUAGGAUGUAUUUUAAUUGCUUGCUUGAUUUUAUGGUAAUAUGUUAUAUAUUUGAUGUUAGCCACUCUGAGCCCAGUUUUGGCUGGGGAGGGCAGGGUAUAAAUAAAAUUUAUUAUUGUUAUUAUUAUUAUUAUUAGUGUUGCUUCAAGGCCUCCACAGCUUAAAAUUGAUUGAAACUUGUUGCCGGUUAACAGCCUUACACUUGCCCUUGUGAAAUGUAGGGGCUGCUGCAAGCCCACACUGUUAACCACGAUGAAGGGAUUUAAGGGUUCAUGGGGUUAUUUGAUUCUAGCUCCCUCUUGUCUUGGGGAGUGGAUUUCCACCCUCCCCUUGGCCUUAACCUCACAGAUAAGGGCUGCGUUGGCACCGACCUUAACUAUGGAUAAGGCUAACCAAGUUUGCUCUUCGACUGUGGAAAGACCAUAGCUCAGAGCAUAGCUGUCAACCUUCCCUUUUUUGCGGGAAAUUCUCUUAUUCCAGAGCCGUUUCCCGCUGCUUCCCACUGCUAUCCCGGAUUGUUAGAUAUCCCAUAGACUGUCCCCGGGACAGGUGAGGCUGCUGAUCCCUUAUUUUCGAGGCUGCUGAUCCCUUAUUUUCAAAUCUGAAAGUUGACAGCUAUGGCUCAGAGUCAGAGCAGUUCAUUCAGAAGGUCGCAGGUUCAAUCCCUGGCACUUCCAGUUGCAAUGGCAGGUGAUGUGAAAGCCAUCUGCUGAGACCCUCAACGCAAGGCUCGCUCAUGUGGUUUCCUCUAGAUCAGUGGUGUCCAAACUUUUUUCAAAGAGGGCCAUAUUUGAUGAAAUGAAGGGUCAUGAGGGCUGACCAAAGGGCCAACCAAAGUUGACAAAGUUUAAUCUGGCCACAGGGGCCAAAUUAAACCGACUGGUGGGCCGGAUCAGGCCCCCAAAAUGGACUUUGGACAUGCCUGCUCUAGAUAUAAUUAAAAUGUUAUUAUUUGUACCCUGCCCACCUGAUUGGGUUUCCCCAGCCACUCUGGACUCUUGUCUCCCAUCGGUGUGGUGACGAGUUAGUUGCUCUUGGGUUGGAUACGCGCAGAGGCAAAGGAUGUCUGUGGCAUGGAAGCCAAUGUUCAGCUGGAGGGUUGGCUCCACUGUAACACUGCCCCAGGUGUAGCUCUUUCCUGUUCCUCAUGGGAAUAAAGAGCUGCCAUUCGUGAGGGGAAGGGAAAGGGUGUUCAUGCAGGCGCCAUUGGGGUGAUGAGGGCGGCAGGGCUGCUCCUGCCACUAGUGACCCCAGCCGUCGAGAAGCACAUCUGCUUCUGGGGUGGCGAAAUUGACAUGCUUAAUAAGAGAAAAGUCAUUGUUAACAUUUGCUAAAGGUUAGAAACCUCUCAUAGACUGAAAAAGAAAUAGUGACAUUUGGAUUUGAGAAUUGCAGAUAAUUGUUUAUAGAAAGUGGCUUUAUUAGAUGUCGUACUGGAGUGGAUGAAGUGAAUACUGUUUAUAUAUAGUGGACAGAUGAAGAAUCGGAAGUUCUAUACUUAUCUCUCAUUUUUCUCUCUUUUUCUCUCUUUUCCACUUUCUUUCUUUUAAUUCCUUUGCAAUUCCUUUUUCUUUAUCUCUUCCUCUUUCUUUCUUUUUUUGUUUUCCCCCUCUCUCUGUUUUGCCUCUGGAUUGUUUUAGUUUGAACAACAACAACAAAUAUUUGACAGUAAUCUUUUGCAUUUUUCUUUAUAAACUCUAAUAAAAUUUAUAUUAAAUAUAUAUCAAAUCUGCUCCAAUGUCCAUCCAGAGUUCUGUCUCGUGGUCACACAGAAGUGCAACCGGAUAUUCUGAUAGUCAGCCCAGCGUGUUAGGAGCUGGUUUUAGCAUGCUCUCUCUCUCACAUAACGGUAAUUAACGUGUGUUUCUGUGUAUAGAUUCUUGGCAUCGUUUCCUCUGGCCAAAUUAAAAGCUAGGCCAUUGGAAAUUUAUAGUUUACAGUUCAGAUACAUUAGCCAUUAUGCCCAGAUGACUCUAGCCCACUUUGACAGCCGUGCAUUUGUACUAAGCGCUCAGACAAUGCACAGGAAAGAUGGAUGGCGUAUGUCUAGGUUUACUGUAAUUGGAAAGAGCCUAACAAGCUUUUGCUACUUUGGCAGUAAUGUUUGGAGUUGGAAGGGGCCAAUUACUCAGCCAUUAAGAAUGCAGCGGAACAUAUUAUCUCUCCUUGGUCUAUAAAUAGCAUUAAAAAAGAAAAAGAAAACUGACGUCCUGCAUUUGUGUUGUGCUUUUGGUGAAUCCAAGUGCACUCUCCCUGUUUCCCCCCAAGAUUAGAGGAGAAAAUAAGUAAAUGGGUUUUAUUGGAAGUGUGGAGUGGGCUGGUUGCAGUCUGAUUUGGGUAUGGCUAUAGCUGAAUACAUGGGUUUUUAUUGAGCACCAGUUGCCGGAAAAAGCAGAAGGGGAGUGCGUUCUUGUGCUUAGGCCCUGCUUGCGGACAUCUUCACUUACACAUCCGAUUGACCGCUGUGAAAACAGGAUCCUGGACUAAAUUGCCUGCUGGCCCGAUCCAGCACACUCUUCUUAUGUCGAAAUAUAUAAAAAAAAUUAAAAAUUGUCCAGUAGCACCUUAGAGACCAACUAAGUUUGUUCUGGGUAUAAGCUUUUUUUAUGGGACGCGGGUGGCGCUGUGGGUUAAACCACAGAGCCUAGGACUUGCCGAUCAGAAGGUUGGCUGUUCGAAUCCCCGCGACGGGGUGAGCUCCUGUUGCUCAGUCCCUGCUCCUGCCAACCUAGCAGUUCAAAAGCACAUCAAAGUGCAAGUAGAUAAAUAGGUACCGCUCUGGUGGGAAGGUAAACGGCGUUUCCGUGCGCUGCUCUGGUUCGCCUGAAGCGGCUUAGUCAUGCUGGCCACAUGACCCGGGAGCUGUGCGCCAGCUCCCUCGGCCAGUAAAGCGAGAUGUGCGCCACAACCCCAGAGUCGGUCAUGACUGGACCUAAUGGUCAGGGGUCCAUUUACCUUUUUAAGGUGCUACCGGACAUUUUUUAUAUAUAUUUAUAUAUUGACUGUGUCAGACCAACACGGCUACCUACCUUACUCUUCUUAUGUCUUAGGGAAAUGCUUAAGGAGAGAGAGAGAGAGAGAGACGGUGCUUUGUGACUUCUGGUCUCAUAUUCUGGAGCUCAAACAAAGCCAUUAGUUAGGGUCCGGCUCGAUUUCCUCAUUAAAAUAUUUGCACACUGUAAGCGUCGUUUACACAUCACGAAAAGCAAAACAAAAUCCAUCUGCAAUAAGAAGCACCAAAAGUUGUUUGUUACAAUGCAGGGAAACACGAAACAAACUUAGAAAUAAUAAUAAUAAUAAAGUAAAACAGCAGAGAAGAUGAUAAAAGUCAACACACCAUUAAGCAACAUUCAAAAUUGGUUGUGAUAAAUUGUACCAGUAAUUAAAAACAACCCCUGCAGCCAGUAUGCCAUGCUGGGGGAAAAGCGAAUAGUGGUUCCAAAGUUUUGAAGAUGGGUGUCUUCACCUCUUAGGGAAGAUUUGUGGUGAACUGGGACAUCACUGGUGCUCCCUCAAGAAUUCUGAAGCGUUCAAUGGAAAUUCCCUUUUGUUCUGGAGAGGAACCAAGUUCUCCCCCUCUCCCUGGGUUAUGAAACAAAAUGAAAACAAAUAAUAGAGCCAUUAUUCUGAGGACAAAAGCUUUUGCUACUCUUUGGCACUUGCUGGAAGUAAAUAGAUGGGCCGCGGACAAAGAGAUACAAUGAAGUUUCCUUCUGUGUAAUAUUAAGCAAGCUGGUUCAUGUGUUUUUUAUUUUAAAAAAGCUUGUUGGAGUGUGGUUUGCGUCGUUUAAUUUGUACACAGUGAGUUUUGCUGCAAGUUCUGGAAGCUCUUUUGGCAUUACGUUGGCCAUAAAUGCGUCUUUAAACCCAUGGUGGGAAGGCUGGACAUUUCAUCGGCUUUGCAUCCAAAUGAGCAAGAAGGCAUUUUGGGAUUCUGGGAUCAGUGUUAGAAACUCAGAUAUAUAAGCUUGGUGCCAAAUGGCUCCUUAAACCAGGGUUACAGUCACUAAAACGGAAUGCCUAGUUGCGAUUUUGGGGCCAGGUGGCUUGGAAGCUGUAUUUUUCAAUAUGACUUUUUAGUCCUGCAAUUCAUUAUGAUUGCAUAGAUUAAAUAUAAUGACCAGCAUGUGUUGCUUUUCAAGAUCCAAUAAUUCCCAGGCAGGCACCUCCAGAUGGUGGAGACGAUGGGUAGGCAAACUAAGGCCCGGGGGCCGGAUCCGGCCCAGUUGGCUUCUAAAUCCGGCCCACGGACGGUCCGGGAAUCAGCGUGUUUUUAUAUGAGUAGAAUGUGUCCUUUUAUUUAAAAUGCAUCUCUGGGUUAUUUGUGGGGCAUAGGAAUUUGUUCAUUUAAAAAAAUAAAAUAAAAAGUCCGGACCCCCACAAGGUCUGAGGGACAUUGGAUUGGCCCCCUGCUGAAAAAGUUUGCUGACCCCUGGUGGAGUCAUCCGGCACCAUCCAGGCACCCAGGCAUCUUCACAUGGUCGCAAGUGGCCAAUAGCCAGGUGCAAAAUGCACCUGGCGAAUUUCGAACACUGCACAGGAUUGCUAGAGGAGAAGUCACAGGAGAUGGCGCAGAACUAUCCCAGCUCCCACCUUCCCGGGGCCCUGCAGAUGUUUUGAGCUAUGCUUCCCACCAGCAAGUUGAUGGGACUUGUAGCUGGAAACAUCUGGAGGGUGCCGGGUUGCUAAAGUUGGACCAGCUGUUUCUCUCUGCGUAAGACGGUUUCGCUGAGCUCACAAAAGUAGCAUUCAGCGGUUAGAGUUCUGCAAGAAACCAGCUUCUUGAGCUUUGCAGCAUAAUUCCAGAUCAAAAUCAAAUGAAUGUCAUGGUUGCUUGUGUAUUUAAUCCUAAAGUGUGUUUGACUGGUGGGGUAGAUUCUACGCACUUUCCAUUUGUUUGUUUGUUUUCCUAUGCCGCCUUGGGUUUUUUUCUUUUUAAAGGUGGGGCAAAAAUAUUUAUGAAAAUUAAUUAAACUUUUGUGAAUGUGAACGAAUGGAUACAUGAUUAUCAGGCAUGCAUGAAGACAGGUCUCUGCUCCAACGGCCAUACCUGCUUGAUCUCAGGAGAAAAAACACCUCAGUUAGGACAGGGAAGCAGAGACAAACGAUGGGAGUUGGAGUCUAUCAGCAACUAGAUGAUGCUAUAUAGUGUUACCUCGGGUUAAGAACUUAAUUUGUUCUGGAGGUCUGUUCUUAACCUGAAACUGUUCUUAACCUGAGGUACCAGUUUACCUAAUGUGGCCCCGCGCUGCCGCAGCGCGAUUUCUGUUCUCAUCCUGAAGCAAAGUUCUUAACCCGAGGUACUAUUUCUGGUUAGGAGAAUCUGUAACCUGAAGCGUCUGUAACCCGAGGUACCACUGUAUUGGGUAGCCCUUGACCUAGAGCAGUCUUCCCCAAAGAUAGGACCUCAGAUGCCCCGUCACCUCUGACCAUUGGGCUAUGCUGGCUGGGGCUGAUGAGAGUUGUAGACCAACAACCUCCAGGGACCCAAAGUUGAGAUAGGCUGGCCUCUGGAGCACGGUUUUCAACUGAGGGCUUCUGAUGCAGCUAUCCAGGUGAUGAAAGUUUGGAAGGUGGUGAAAGUUUGGAAGGAGGCAUAUUUCCUUGCCCCCGAAGGGGCUGCAGAGCCACAGGGGACUGGGGAAAUGGGGCUCAGUGGUUUUAUGCCUAUAGGGCAGGGGGGCAACCUUAUUUCAUAUAAAUCAGGUGAGCAGUACAGUGGUACCUCAGGUUAACAGACGCUUCAUGUUACAGAUGCUUCAGGUUACAGACUAUCCUAACCCAGAAAUAGUACCUCGGGUUAAGAACUUUGCUUCAGGAUGAGAACAGAAAUUGCGUGGCUGCGGCGUGGCGGCAGCGAGAGGCCCCAUUAGCUAAAGUGGUACCUCAGAUUAAGAACAGUUUCAGGUUAAGAACGGACCUCUGGAACGAAUUAAGUUCUUAACCCAAGGUACCACUGUAUUUGCUGAGCUAUAAGCAGAACAGACCUUAUCAGAUAAGUAAACUAGUUGCACGUGCUUUCCAUAAUUUUCACAGGUUUGCCAAAUUUAGGUCUCUCUCUCUCUCUCUCUCUGGGUGGAACUUUAAUUUGAGUAUUUACAGCCUCAGCAAUGGCCUUUUGCAUUGAGAAGAUAAUGUUUGGAUCAUGAAGCAGAGUGUGGCAGAAGAGAAUGGAGAGGCACUUCACCGCUUGUACUCACAGUGUAUAUCUUUUUGUUUUGUCUCUUCCUCUUCUCAAAAGGGACGUGAAAGCUGGAAACAUCCUUCUAGGAGAAGAUGGCUCGGUCCAGAUUGCAGGUGAACCUUUUUAUGAUUAUGAUUAUUAUAAUUGUUAUUAUUUGCCAUGUGGUUUGCUCUCUGCUUCCAUGCCAGAGAGAGGACCCUGAGGACAACCAUCUUUCAAUAUCACAUGGAAGAGGGAACAAGCUUGUUUUCUCUUGCUCUGGAGGGUAGGACACAAACCAAUGGCUUCAAGUUACAAAAAAGGAGAUUCCAACUAAACAUCAGGAAUAACUUUCUGACAGUAAGAGCAGUUUGACAGUGGAAUGGACUCCCCUGGGAGGUUGUGGACUCUCCUUCCUUGGAGGUUUUCAAGCAGAGGUUGGAUGGCCAUCUGUCAUGGAUGCUUUAGCUGAGAUUCCUGCAUUGCAGAGGGUUGGACUAGAUGACUCUCAGGGUCCCUUCCAACUCUUAACUUGUAGCUCCACUAUAAUUAAUUGGUUGUUAAUCGCCUUCCACAUUAUGUCCUAAGGUGAUGUACAAAAUAUAAUAAAAACAGCUUAAAAACUGUCCCUUCCAGCUCUAUGAUUCUAUGACCCUGAAGACGGUGGCAUGGGGAGGAAGGGGGAAACAAUGUGCCAUAGGUGUCUGGUUCCCCCUCCAACACGGGGACUCAGUGGGGUGUGGGUGGGUGGGUGGACACAUCAUGCCCAACCCUUAAGGGCAUUGCAUAAGCCCCUCCCACCCCAAGAGUUGGUUGUCAAAGGUGGGCGUGGAGCAGCUUUGUUAGGGUGAACCAGGGGUGGGGACCCUCUCGACCUGGAGUCUGAAUGUGGCCCUCCAUUGCCUCUGUCUGGCCCUUGGGAAGUCUCCCCAGGCUGCGCCCCACACAGGCUGUCCUUCACACCUCAAAUAUUUUCCCCUGACUGGAAUGUGUCCUUGAACUUCAGUAAUGCCCCUUGCUCUCCUGGAUGAAGGGUACGGAGAGGUGUGUUGAUUGUAUGUAGAAACUAGCCUACCAUGUUAGGGUAACAAUGAAAAUUUGCUGCUGCGCCCACUUUUCCCAUAGCCCUGCCCACCACUGGGAUGUGGCCCCCGGAAGGGAAUGUGGCCUUUGGACCGAAAACAUUUUCCCACUCUUGCUUUGCCGUCACACCCUCGAACUGCAAAAUCUGAAGUGGCUUGCUUGCUGUCCGAUUCUGCUGUUGUCUAGGAAGCCUUGUCGAGAGCAGUUUGGGUCCGUCCAGUUUUGUCAGGCGAAGACCCUUGCUGCCAGCCUUCCCUUGCUCUGUCUACGCUGCCUGUGUCAGAAUCUCCCUCCUCGGAUCCCCCUUUGCUCACCUUGUCUGGCAAGAGGUUUUUUUGAGUUCUUGCCAGUAAACAUUGGCUUGGGAGGCAAGGGGAAGAGAAAUGAAAAAGAGCUGGUCCCAAAAACUUUCUUGCAUUGCCUGGUUUCCAGUGUUGAAAGAUUUGGGUGGGAGGUCCUCCUCUCCAUAGAAUUUCAGUAAAGGAAAGGAAGGCUCCUGUCAUUGCAGGGAUUUUUGGGGGUGCGUAUGAACCAAGGCUUUGUCUUGCACCUCUUUGAUCCCCCAGUCUAUGGACCUUCUGUGGUUUAUUACAACAGAGCUCUUUCAAGGAUUUUUCUGAAUGGGGGCGUUUUGCUUCCCCCGCCUUUUAUCUGCAGAGGUUUAUCAAUUUACACUCAGUGGGCACUGGCUGCAGUAUAAAUUAAGGCUGCCUGCCUCUUUGUUUCAUCCUCUUCCAGAAUCACUUAGCUGUGUGAGAUCAUCUCAAUAUCAAAAUGAUUGUACAAGCAACUAGAUUUGCCUUUUAAGCAACCUCCUGAAUCCUUAAUGAUGCUUUGACCGGAAAUCUAUUGCCUAUGCCCUAGAAGGGUCUUUGUGUUGAGAGUUAAUAACCCUGUCCUUACCCACGUCCUUUGAUAAUCUUAUCUAAAACAGUCAUGUGCCCCAUUCAUGUUGUAUUUGGAUAAAGGCGGAACCUACUGAAGGGUCUGUUUGUGUUGGAUUAAACAGCUGUGCGAGUGCCACAAUAGAGCCUAAGCUCAGAAAAGCCACAGAAUUCAGUCCUGAUUAUUUUUCUCCUUUUCGCCCCCAUUUUUGAAUUAUUUAUUUAUUUGCAUUUCAUGGCUGCAAAGAUAAUGUAUGUCAGCAGUAAAAAAAAAAAAGAGUAAAGAGUAUGGACAUUUGUUCAUACUGGUUGCAAAAUUCAUUUAGCAUGAAUUGUGUUUCUGUCUGAAUACACAAAACUAUGGAACUAAGUAUAGUUAUAGGCUUGUUCACACAAAGAGCAGGUGAGGGGGUUAGUGUAGGAUUAUGGAAUCAUAGAACUGUAGAAUUGGAAGGGAUCCCAAGGGUCAUCUAGUCUGACCCCCUGCAAUGGAGGAAUCUCAGCUGAAGCAUCAGUGACAGAUGGCCAUCCAACCUCUGCAGACCUCCAGAGGUUGUUAGGGCUCCAACUCCCAUCAUCCCAGCAAACAUAGCCAAUAAACGGGUGAUGAGGCAACCUCUGGAGGGCCAGAGGCUCCCCAAUCCUAUUUUAGAGCAUCCUUCAGUUUAAAGAUGUCAGUAUGGCAGGCACCAUAUUGCAUGUGUCUCUGCAGAGGAUUUGAACACAACCUUUGGGUUUUCCAAAGUUACUGUUUGUGAUGGGACAUUUUAAUUCAGAGCGAAGCCUCUUGGCUACAUACCUAGGGGUCUAAAGGAGUGGUAGGCCGAAGAUAGGUUAGCUGUAGAACAUAAGCUAAGCUCUCCUUGAUGGGGCAAUGGACUCUGGUCUGCGACUUGAUUUCCCAUCCCUUGGCAAAAUGCUUAGGACACAGAUCAUAAGAUGCUGGUAUCUUGCUACUGCCUUCAAGACCCACAGCCUGUGUGUUCCCAUUGACCAUCAUGGUUGAAAGACAUCUGUGGAUCCCCAGAAAUAAAGAAUGCACAAGAUUCCACUACUGGCAGGCCCUCCGAGAGGGGCUACAUAAACGUAGAAGGCUGUCUUGUGCAAAGACGGCACCAGGCAACUUCAACAUAAAAAAUGCAUCCGACGAUGUAAAUUAUGACUUCUACUCUUGGAACUGCCCAAUCUUCUACAGAUUGAGUUUCUUCAGCUCUUUUCCAAGGAUAUAUUGCUUUUGCAACAGAUUUUCCUUCUCGGUGGCAAUUCAGAAGCAGGUAUACAGGAUGGGAAUGUCUGCUGCCUGAAACCCUGGAGAGGUGUAGCCUGUCAGUGUAGAUGGCCCUGAUCUGGAUGGGCCAAUAGUCUGACUCUGUGUGUUAGCUUUCUUUGUUCCUGUGAGUUACUGGAUUGACAAGCUGUCUCAGGCAUUCGAGACGAACUGUUUUAAAUUGUAUGUUUCCUCCCUCUGGAAUAAAAGUUGAUUACUUGUGCUGUCAAAGUGAUCUUACGUUUAGACAGUUCAAAUGUGCAAAUAUUAGGAAACUCUUCUGCGUUGAAGACAUCCCUGUGAAUGCAAGUCCACACUUCAGGGAGAAGUGAGUUAAUUAUUUCCUAUAAAAAGACUUCUUGCAUAAUACUUAAUUGAGGGGGGAUUCUCUGCAAAGCAUCGACUUCUCUCCUUGACAGUUUUGCUUGUAGCAUCCACAACAGCAGAUCCAUUCAUUGUAGUGAGACGUCUGCUAAACGACGAGAACUUUGUAUGGUAGAUUUGGGAGUGGGCAUCUAGAGAGCCGAGUAGCUGCAAAUGUCGCUGGUGAACCUCUGGCGGUUUCCUUUUUCUUUUAACAUUACAAAGAUGGGCUUCUCAUGGCUGAUUUUAUGACGUUUACCAUUGUAGCUCCAUGAACGGAAGGCUGCAGUUCUCCUGGGGAGUGAACAGAAAUGUGGAACCCCAAUUAGGGGUUCAUAAUGUAGUGUGUUAGCUUUUUAGUGGCUCAGGCAGAACGUGGCCUAAACCAGAGAGAGAAUCUGCCUAGCAAGGUCAAGGGGAAAGGCCUGACUCUGGCCAGCUGCUUUUCCACGCACGCAGGAAGUCCCCACAUCGCCAGCCGGGGCUGAGAGGACCCACUUCCUGGGUUACACCCUCUCCUUUGCGGCUGAAUGUGACACCGCAGUAUUCUGCCGCAUUUCCGCUUGGUUUGGAAAUACUUUGUAAAACUUGCCCUCUCUUUGAUCCUGCAACUGGCUGUAAAGAAGUAUGACAGGAUAAUUAGUAUGCAGCAGUUGUGAUGUGUGGCUGCUUAAAAUGCAUGCAUUCCAUGCAAGGCAGAUUUGUCUCGGAACAAGAUAUCUGACUCCUCCCCCUCUCUUUGUUCUUAGAAACAAUAGAAGAUUCAUAAAUCUGUGCGUAAUCAGAGGAGCAACAGUGCUAAAAUCUUGUGACCGGAUGAUGUGGGGUUUCUGGGGUGACACUAAGGGGUGGGAUCUGAGGGUCUGUAGGGUCCUGGCAUUAUUGCCAGGGCUGUUAGUACCAUGUGCCCCAAACUCAGUUUCAACAUCCUGCUUUCACCAAGUAAAAGCUUUGGAUUUUUGCCACCUCUGCAAACAUGCAAGCGCGCAAACUUCCCCUUACUGCUUCCGAUAGGGAUUUCGGAAUCAUGAGAUGGGGGCUGCAACAAAAUGUUGCAGUGCGAAGUGCUCCCGGUUCAGGAUUCCAUCUGUUCUGAUUUCUGCCCCCCUCACCCCAACCAUUCAGUCAUCAUUACCUGAAUGGGGUAACUGUGCCCUGAAGGACCAGGUACGCAGCCUGGGAGUCAUUUUGGACUCACAGCUGUCCAUGGAGGUGCAGAUUAAUUCUGUGUCCAGGGUGGCUGUCUACCAGCUCCAUCUGGUACGCAGGCUGAGACCCUACCUGCCCGUGGACGGUCUCGCCAGAGUGGUGCAUGCUCUAGUUAUCUCCCGCUUGGACUACUGCAAUGCGCUCUAUGUGGGGCUACCUUUGAAGGUGACCCGGAAACUGCAAUUAAUCCAGAAUGCGGCAGCUAGACUGGUGACUGGGAGUGGCCGCCAGGACCACAUAACACCGGUCCUGACAGAUCUGCAUUGGCUCCCAGUACAUUUCCGAGCACAAUUCAAAGUGUUGGUGCUGACCUUUCAAGCCCUAAACGGCCUCAGUCCUGUAUACCUGAAGGAGCGUCUCCACCCCCAUCGUUCUGCCCGGACGCUGAGGUCCAGCGCCGAGGACCUUCUGGCGGUUCCCUCAUUACGAGAAGUGAGGUUACAGGGAACCAGGCAGAGGGCCUUCUCGGUAGUGGCGCCCACCCUGUGGAACACCCUCCUUUCAGAUGUGAAGGAAAUAAGCAGCUAUCUUCUCUUUAAAAGACAUCUGAAGGCAGCCCUGUUCAGGGAAGUUUUUAAUAUCUAAUGCUGUACUGUUUUUAACACUUGAUUGGGAGCUGCCCAGAGUGGCUGAGGAAGCCCAGCCAGAUGGGCGGGGUAUAAAUUUUAUUUUAUUUUAUUUUAUUUUAUUAUUUAUUUUAUUUUAUUUUAUAUCAUAUCAUCAUAUCAUAUCAUAUAUCAUAUCAUAUCAUAUCAUAUCAUACUGUGGCCGCUGAGCAUGGCCAGUUCUCAUUAGGCUGCUUUGUGGAGCUCCAAGUAUGUUUUUGUACUUCUGAAGAUCUUGGCUUUCCCCACCCCCCAAGCCUGUUGAUGCCUCCUUUGUGUGGAUGAGUGUGUGGUGAGUGUUUGUGUGCGCACACUAUUACAUAAGCAGCGGCACGUAUGGAAUUGUAGCAUUGGAAGGGGUCCCCGGGGGUCAUCCAGUCCAACCCCCUGAAAUGCAGGAAUCUCAACUAAAGCAUCCAUGACAGAUGGCCAUCCAACCUCUGCUUAAACACCUCCAGUGAAGGAGAGUUCACUCAGCUACUUAUCAGAAUCAGUGGGAAUUCUCUGGCAUACUUGCAUUCCAGUUGUUCAUUGGGUGAGGCAAGUAGCUGUGCUGGGUGCUGAAAUCCAAUCCCUGUCCACUGGAAAGCAUUUACAGCAAGCCCUUCAGCUCUUGAUAAUUCAUUCAGGCAUUGUCAGUAUAUUUCCAAUCCUGUCUCCAGAAUCAUAAGGUAUGGAAACUUUUUUUUUCCUUUUUAAAAACAAAAACCUUUGUUGACAAAGCUGAAUUCUCCUGAACUCACAAAUGGUGGGUUUCCCUCCAUCUCACACUGACACACAGUUUAAUGAUUUGCCACUCUUGUGUUUUUUCUUGCAACUGAUAAUGAUUCGCAUGGCCUGAUCCAGUAAGGGUUCUUCUUAAGUUCUUGACAUCUGAUAUGUUUUAAAAUACUUGCUUGGUUCACAGAUCUUGGCCACCUUAAAAUUGGUAAAAGUGCAUCCUGUCUGUCUCUGUUGGUGGCUUGUUCAUUCUAUGGUACUUCUUUAGAUGGGUGCCAGUGCAAUAAAAGAGGUUGUUUGUUUGUUUUGGCUUCCUACAUUUUUAUCAUAGGUGUGCAAGUCGCCAUGUUUCACUUCAGACCAGAGUACUGCCUGAGAGCAGAUAGCAAUACUAUGCGGCUAAAGCAAAGACAUGAAUUUGUUCCCUGGCCCAGCCAUGCUUGGCUUGACAAACUUAACAACUGGGUAACGUCUCAGCACUUGUGAUUUUCUUCUGCCCCGUUCGCAGAUCAAGCAGAGCAACGGCUGGGAAGCACACAGUGCAAAUGGCCAAGGGGUGCCGUGUGUCAUUCAGAAACUCCUCCUUAAAACGUAAUUCUUUUUCAACAUUUCAGAUUUUGGUGUUAGUGCUUUUUUGGCCACUGGCGGCGACAUCACCCGCAACAAAGUGAGGAAAACCUUCGUGGGCACCCCUUGCUGGAUGGCACCUGAAGUCAUGGAGCAGGUAGGGAAGAAAAGGGAAAAGCCUUGUUCAGAAUGAUUGAUCUGCAACUUCUGCUUAAGGACUUUUGGCAGACAAGUGGAUAGCUCAGUUGGCUGGAGCGUGGUGCUGAAAACAACAAGGUUGCAGGUUCGGUCCCCAUAAGGGGCAACUAUAUGUUCCUGCAUUGCAGGGGGUCAAACUAGAUCAGUGUUUCCCAAACUUGAGUCUCCAGAUGCUUUUGGACUACAAUUCCCAUCAUCCCUGACCACUGCUCUUGCUAGCUAGGAGAAUAAAGGAAAUAAAGAUGAUAAAGUGCAUACGAUACGUUUCCAAGCACAAUUCAAAGUGUUGGUCUGACCUUUAAAGCCCUAAACGGCCUCGGUGCUGUGUAUCUGAAGGAGCGUCUCCACCGCCAUCGUCCAGCCCGGACACUGAGGUCCAGCUCCGAGGGCCUUCUGGCGGUUCCCUCACUGCGAGAAGCAAAGUUACAGGGAACCAGGCAGAGGUCCUUCUUGGUAGUGGCGCCUGCCCUGUAGGGCAGCCUCCCAUCAGAUGUCAAGGAAAUAAACAACUAUCUGACUUUUAGAAAACAUCUGAAGGCAGCCCUGUUCAGGGAAGUUUUUAAUAUCAGAUGAAUUACUGUAUUUUAAUGUUUUGUUGGAAGCUGCCCAGAGUGGCUGGGAAAACCCAUCCAGAUGGGCGGGGUAUAAAUAAUAAAUUAUUAUUAUUAUACGAAGCUCAUUGAAGGUGCAGCGUUAAUAUUUCUUUAGAAGAAUCUGGGAUCAUUUCUCUAUAUUUGGGGCAGUUCUCUCUCUCCCCUCCGCUCCCCCCACCUGCCCGUUCCAGCUGCAUAGUACAAUAUGAAGCCACCACUCUUUUAGUGGAAGAAAUAGCUUUUUCCUUCCAGAGCAAUGCUGAGUUAGUGAAGCAACACACUCCUAUGGUAUCUGCAAAGAUGUCAAUUUUUCAACGAGUCCAGGGGCAGUUAAUUCCUCCCGUUUGGCCAAAACUCUUGCAGUGUAUAGAAUACGCAGUGUCUUUUCUCUGCCGUUGGGAGAGAAACUCAGUGUUCUGGAUAAGAUGCCUGGCAAUAACCCAUUGCCAGAAAGGAAACGGCUUUCUUGGGAUAUGGAUUAUCUCUGUUUGGUGAUAGCAGAGCAGAGCUUCUAGGUAUGAUUCCAAUCUACCGUUAGCAUGGAGUUGGAUCAGUUUUGUGACCGAGAAUGCAGGAAAAGCCUGGAGGCCUAUGUAGGUUAACUGGAAAGAAAUGCCUUGUUAACCGUCUCUUCACUUUCUAGGUGAGAGGUUAUGAUUUCAAGGCGGACAUCUGGAGUUUUGGAAUCACGGCAAUCGAGUUCGCGACAGGGGCAGCUCCUUACCACAAAUACCCACCCAUGAAGGUGAGUCGCUGAUUGACUAGUUCAGAUAACUGUGUUGGUUCCUAGGAAUCACCUGUGUUCCCCACCCCCCAAAAAACCCAGCAUCCUAGAACGUGCUGCUUCUGGAAGUAAGCGAUAACCUGAAGGGGUAGCAGUGGGGAUAGCUUUGGAAGCCUGAGUUUUGUCAAUGUGGAAGGAAGUUGGCAAGCACGAAGCAACGCUGUAUUAUCAGAAUGCAGAGCCAGCGUCACUGCACACAUACCUUGGAACUGUGCUUUACCAAGAGAAAGCCCCGAGGUUUCCCAGAAACUAAUCUGGGGUCCCUCAAUGAGAAGAUUUGUGAUGGUGGGUCAAAUUCCUGAAAAAAUUGCCUGGCUGCUGCUGAUCUUCUCUUCUUGAAAGAUCUACAUUGGCUCCCAGUACGUUUCCGAGCACAAUUCAUAGUGUUGGUGCUGACCUUUAAAGCCCUAAACGGCCUCGGCCCAGUAUACCUGAAGGAGCAUCUCCACCCACAUCCUUCUGCCCGGACACUGAGGUCCAGCACUGAGGGCCUUCUGGCGGUUCCCUCACUGCGAGAAGCCAGGUUACAGGGAACCAGGCAGAGGGCCUUCUUGGUGGUGGCACCCGCCCUGUGGAAUGACCUCCCACCAGAUGUCAAGGAAAUAAACGACUGUCUGACUUUUAGAAGACAUCUGAAGGCAGCCCUCUUUAGGGAAGCUUUUAAAGUUUAACAGACCACUGUAUUUUAAUACUUUGUUGGAAGCCGCCCAGAGUGGCUGGGGAAAUCCAGCCAGAUGGGCGGGGUAUAAAUAAUUUAUUAUUGUUAUCAUCAUCAUCAUCAUCACUUGCUUUUGAGACACUCAGCAGCUCAACCCUUCUGAAUCUACUCCCCAUGCCAAGCAAGUCCUUGAUUUCUCACUGGAUUCCCAUGUAGACUCUUCCGCAACCCCUCCCUCUUUCCUUUUCUUCAAACCUUCCUUCUUUUAUCCAGCAUCUCCAAAUGGUCCCUCCCCGGCUGCAUCUAGAAUUCUUGCCUCAAUAAUUAAUGCAAUCAUUAAUAUUUCAAUUUAUACGCUGCUUUUUGACCUUCAGGAAACCCUUAAAGCAGCGAGCUUUAGGAACGAUACAGCCCUAUUCACAAUUAAGAGAAAACUAUAAAAUCAAACAAUUUAAAAGCAGGAGGUGACCUAGCUUUUACGCCAAAAGCUUGCAGUAGUCCUCAAACCCUCGACCAACUGAGGCUUUUGACCAAACUAAGAAGGCAAAACAAAGUGAACUACAGUAACGUUAGCAGGAGCACCCCCUAAUUCCAUCACUGAUGUCUGAUGUUGUGGUUUCACCUGGCUGAACUGGUUUCCCCGUCCUUAACACUUUGUGUGUUUUUUCCCUAUGUCUUUUUUUCUUUCCAAAAGCAUUAUUCCUAUAAAAAAGCAGGGGGGGGGGGGGGAAAGCUUUAAUCCCAAACGUGUUCAUCUAAUUGCAGUUUACAGUGGUGCCCCGCAAGACGAAUGCCUCGCAAGACGAAAAACUCGCCAGACGAAAGAGUUUUCCGUUUUUUGAGUCGUUCCGCAAGACGAAUUUCCCUAUGGGCUUGCUUCGCAAGACGAAACGUCUUGCGAGUUCUGGCGAGUUUGUUUCCUUUUUCUUAAAGCCGCUAAGCCGUUAAUAGCCGCUAAGCCGCUAAUAGCCGUGCUUCGCAAGACGAAAAAACCGCAAGACGAAGAGACUCGCAGAACGGAUUAAUUUCGUCUUGCGAGGCACCACUGUAUUUUUAAGUUGCCAGGCAUUUUGAGCUGGGACCUUCUCUUUUUGGAAACUACCGGAUAGACGUUUUGGGUGCUAAAUUAUAAAUUAAGGAAGUCAUUCCAGCUGCUCACUCCAGAUGCUGGAGCUGAGGAGGGCAGUUGCUUUCAAGCCUCCCUGGAGAUUUUCCAGAAUAACCCCUCAGUGGUUUGGGAAUUGGGAUGCUGAACUAGACAUCACCCCAGCAGAAUCCAGCAAGUCUUUUUUUUUUUAAUGUACCUAUUCUUCCACAACCUUUUGCUUACCUUGUUUGUCUGCUGAAGGCUAUAGGCUACUUGCCACCUUCCUUUUGCUCAAAGAGGCCAUGGCAUCUUUUUCAAAGUGACAGUGCCUGCUAAAUGAGCUUGAGGUUUGUCUUGGUGCUUCUAACAGGUGCAAUUGUUUCAGGUCCUAAUGUUGACGCUACAGAACGAUCCGCCCUCGCUGGAGACAGGUGUGCAGGAUAAGGAGAUGCUGAAGAAGUAUGGAAAGUCUUUUAGGAAGAUGAUUUCACUGUGCUUGCAAAAAGACCCCGAAAAAAGGUGUGUGGCAAACCGUCUUGUUUCCACCCAUUGUGAACCAGCAUUGCUUGAUGAAAGCUUGUGAGAGUGGGAGACACAGUACAGUGGUACCUCGGGUUAAGCACUUAAUUCAUUCCAGAGGUCCGUUCUUAACCUGAAACUGUUCUUAACCUGAAGCACCACUUUAGCUAAUGGGGCCUCCUGCUGCUGCCGCGCCGCCGGAGCACGAUUUCUGUUCUCAUCCUGAAGCAAAGUUCUUAACCCAAGGUACUAUUUCUGGGUUAGCGGAGUCUGUAACCUGAAGCGUAUGUAACCUGAAGUGUAUGUAACCCGAGGUACCACUGUAAUGCAAAGAAUGCAGAAAAGCAAUUUUCUACAGUAUUUCUAAUUUUUAAUGCACAUUUUUCUUCUUACUUUUAAUUCAGCCACUGCAGACUUGUUUGUGGUCAGUGGGUUCCAGUUACAUACCCAUCCCCUUAGCAAAGCUCACUGAGUCCAGAUCUUAGGAGCUUCUGUUAAUAUUGUCAACAUCUGAACUAAGAUGUACACAUCAGAAGGAAACAGCAGUCUCUGCCAUAAUCCAAUUUGGCCUCUUCCAUCAGAGAUGGCGCCCAGCUCUUUAAGGAUUCCUACAAUCUUGAUUUGGCGCAGCCAAGAAAAAGCAACUCUUGUGACGUCUUCUAAUGACACCCUCUUUUUCUUUUUUUUAAUAGACCAACAGCUGCUGAACUUUUAAGGCACAAAUUUUUCCAGAAAGCAAAGGUAGGAACUUAGCUUGACCUUUUAAAUAAAUGAACAAAUAAUCAAUAAAUAAUAUAUUUGACGAGAGGAGCAGUUUACUGGUGUGCAGGUAAUAAGAGCUCAUUGCAGCAGAGAUUCCUUCUUGGUUUUAUUCACCAGCGGAAUUCCGUCUGCCUUAAGAUCUUCCGGGACUCACUGCUGAGUUGUGGCCUGAUCUAAAGUGGGUCACGCCAGCAGCAUUAGCACCAUAAAAAUAAAUUUUUUUGGGGGGGGAGAGAAAUGGGAGCCCAAAUGAAUGUUUAAGAUAAGUCUGAAAUGUUGAAAACUUCUGCAUUAGGCCUUUCCUGGUGCAGAAGUCAGAAUGCCUUGAUUAUGAAACUACUGAGCUGGAAUCUGUUGGCAAAUCUGGCUGAUUUUCUUUUGGCUUUGAUUGAGACUUACACUCAAGGCAAUUUACACUUAUUCAAAAUGAAGUAACCCAAAUAGGAAUAUCAAAACAGUUACCAGGUCUGUUCCUGUACAACACAGAAAAAUGUAUGAAGUCAACAGUGCAGAAUUUAGAAAUGGGGGAAGUAUUUUCACCUGAAGGCUAGUAAUGUUGUGAGGCAGAAUGGGGCUACCUUGGAAAUUGUGGUGUCAGGGCAGAGGAGACCUUGCUCCAGGCCUCACUAGGUUUUGCUUCACAUACAGAAGCAAGAAUUCUCCCACAGUUUGCAAAGAGCUAGGACAAGGGUCAGCAACCUUUUUCAGCCGUGGGCCAGUCCACUGUCCCUCAGACCAUGUGGUGGCCUGGACUAUAUUUUGAAAUAUAUAUAUAUGAAUGAAUUCCUAUGCCCCACAAAUAACCCAGAGAUGCAUUUUAAAUAAAAGCACACAUUCUGCUCAGGUAAAAACACCAGGCCGGCCCCACAAAUAACCCAGAGAUGCAUAUUAAAUGGACACAUUCUACUCAUGUAAAAACAUGCUGAUUCUCGGACCGUCCGCGGGCCGGAUUGAGAAGGCGAUUGGGCCGCAUCUGGCCCCCGGGCCUUAGUUUGCCUACCCCUGAGCUAGGAGGUUUAUGUCAGAACAAAUGUCCCUGCAGACAAGACACAAUGAGUUCAGGCAUUUUAAGGCAGGGGGAGGCCUGCAGUCUCCUGGCAGCUGCGUAUGGAUUUUGAAAACUCUUGUGGUGAAGUUGAAACCUUGACGCACACUCCUCUCUGCUACCGCCUCAGGAUAAUUUCUAAGGAGUGUGGCACGGACUACUCUUAGGAAGAAUCUAACGUGUUGGCUUUCCAACACUUGUAUCAAAGGACCUUCUCGUUCCCUUUCAAGUAACUCGAGAGCUUAUCUCUCUCUCACACACAUAAGCAAUGAAGCUUGAGCCAAACGGUGGCCUUUGAGGAACAGGAGUCGCAAAGUGUCGAUUUUAUUCCCCUCCAUUUCUUUUCCAGAAUAAAGAAUUUUUGCAAGAAAAAAUGCUGCAGAGAGCCCCAACCAUCACGGAAAGAGCCAAAAAGGUACAAGUUAAAACAGUUUGAAGUGGGAAUCUGCACACCGCACUUCUUAAAUUUUCCAUUGACCAGCUCUCUGGUUGCACUAGAAAGGCCACGCUAGAAUUCUCUGUAUGAAAUUCUAUCGGUGACUUUAAUGGUGGCUUUGUUGAAAUACAGGUCCGAAGAGUCCCUGGCUCCAGUGGGCGCCUUCAUAAGACGGAAGAUGGCGACUGGGAGUGGAGUGACGAUGAGCUUGACGAAGAGAGCGAAGAAGGCAAAGCGGCAAUUUCACAGCUCAGGGUGGGCACCAAGAGUCACCGUUUGCCUCUUAAAAUUAGCCCCGGAAUUGAAAGACAGUCUCUGUUGCGAAAGCUGUUUUAAGGGUGCAGUUAAUGCAUUGAUGGGAUUGCAAGACGGUUUCCCAGUAAAAAAAUACAAAUACCAUAUCUUUCGCUCUAUAAGAUGCACAAGACCACAAGCUGCACCUAGUUUUUGGAGAAGGAAAACAAGAAAAGAAAUAUUCUGAAUCUCAGAAGCCAGAACAGCAAGAGGGAUCCCUGCGCAGUGAAAGCAGCAAUCCCUCUUGCUGUUCUGGCUUCUGUGAUAGCCUCGCAGCCUGCAUUUGCUCCAUAAGACGCACACACAUUUCCCCUUACUUUUUAGGAGGCAAAAAGUGAGUCUUAUAGAGCAAAAAAUACGGCAAAUAAAAAUUAUUUAUUUAUUUGGUUUUUCAAUUUAAAAUUUUACAGAGGUAUAUCUUACAUAAAUCAUAAAAAAACAAGGAAUCUCCAUAUUUCCCAUCAGUCCUGACUGUUCUGCACACUGACUGUGGCUAUCAGAAGAUGAACUCGGGCAACAUAUGGGGAGAUGCAUGCCCCAUCUCUAAGGACAGGAGAAUCUCUCUCUUCGAAAGAGCCAUCUCCCAUUUAAGUCUUCAUAGCCAUUGCCAAUGCUUUGCAGGAGAAAGGCUGUUGAGUAAGCAUUUCAAACAGAAUGAACUCCUGUUAUUUAUUAAAAACAAAUGGUAAACCAUUUUGACACCCCUGCUGCAACAGCCUCACCACCUUAAGACCUCUGAGCUCCUCUGUUUCAAAGAUCUUCUGGGAUCUAAGAAUUACUGCCCGCAGUUAGACUUGGAACACAUUAAAAUGAAAUUGUGCCAAAAGCUGCCGUUUUCACCGUGUUUCAAGGGCACGACAUCCGUUGUGGCGUUGCAUGCUAAUUGCACUUGUCUGUUUCUUCCCCUUUUAGUCGCCCAGAGUGAAAGAAUCAUCACAAAAUUCCGAGGUGAGUUAUUAACCAGUCAUGCAUCUUGAAGCACCGGCCUGUCUUCUGUUUUGAGAAGUGCCAAGUUCAUUAUACGCACACAAAUAAUAGUAACAAUUAAGGUAAUGUUUUAGCUCUCUGUUAAGAGAGCGCUGACCUACAGACUGACUUAUGCUGGCUUAAAAAGUGGGGCGGCCGCGCUUCAGGACAAUAAAAUAAGUGUUGCUAGCUUGAAGCAAUUGCCAGGCAGCAUUUUAUAUACAAAGAUACACGCAACGUGUGAUUUUUGCAAACUAAUCUCUACUUUUAAGUAAUGGAAUGAUAACUGCUGAAGCCAGUUAAAAUAUUGGCAUUUUUAAAUUAUGAUUCGUAACAAAAUCCAGAGCAUGUUCUGAAGGUUCAUGGAAAGCGACCAGCAUGUGGAAGCUGAAGCAGGUCUGGGUGUAGGUGCCUGGAUGUGUGAGUGCCAGUGAACCACACCGCCUUGGGUCCCGUGACACAGGAAUGGUGUGGUGUGAAUGUAAGACAGUAAUAAAUUGUGGCACUUAAUCCCACUGGCAAGUGCUCAGGGUGGGGGAGUGUGGCACAAUGGGCUGGCGAAUGUAUUUUUCCCUUCCAAUGGGAGGACGGAAAUCCCUUCUGGAAAAAAGGGGAAAGGCUCCUGAGAGCCAGUGUGGCGUAGUGGUUAAGAGCGGUAGAUUCGUAAUCUGGUGAACUGGGUUCGAUUCCCUGCUCCUCCACAUGCAGCUGCUGGCUGACCUUGGGCUAGUCACACUUCUCUGAAGUUUCUCAGCCCCACUCACCUCACAGAGUGUUUGUUGUGGGGGAGGAAGGGAAAGGAGAAUGUUAGCCGCUUUGAGACUCCUUCGGGUAGUGAUAAAGCGGGAUAUCAAAUCCAAACUCUUCAAAUCCAAAUCCAAAAAGGGAGACGAGGAAGAUGGAAGCAUCUUCUGCCUUGUAGGCAUAAGCCCAAGAGGGCUGUGGAUUUGGCCAGUAUAGCAUACUAAUGCAUACUAAUGCAUUAAAUGUAGGAAUGUAGGAAUUGCUAUAAGCAGCAAGGAGUUGAUACAUAAACAGCAAGGACUCGUAAAGAAACUUUAAAUCACUUGUUCCUUGGGCUGGCAGUGUUCAAGCGUUUUGGAAUAAUAAUUGAGUUAUCUUUGCUUCAUUCGGUCACAAAUUCGUAGCUGGUUUUUACCUUCAGUGUGUUGGAUUUGUUUUAUUUUAUUUGUUAUUGUGUUGAAUUUAUUUAAUUUUAUUUAUUUAUUGAAUUUAUACCCCACCUUUCUCUCCAAAGAACUCAAAGGCAGCAUACGGGGUUUUCCUCAUUCAGUCCCCACAACAACAACCUUGUGAGGUAGGCUAGGCUGACAGGCAGUGGCCCAGUGAGCCUCAUGGCCAAGUGGGGACUCGAACCCUGGUCUCCCAGGUCCUAGUCCGACACUCUAACCACUACACCACCACUGGCUCUUACUUACUUACUUACUUACUUACUUACACAAUGCUCUUAGUUACUUGUUCACCGCUUAGGGACAAUUGUAAUUAGGCGGUAAAAGAAAUUGCCUGAAUAAGUCAACAAACAAGCAGCUCAUCGUUGAUAUUUCUGGCAGGUGGGCCCCCCUCAUUCUCCCAUACCCAUCUCCUGUCCUUUCUGAUUUGCAGCUCUUUCCGCCAGCGGAGCAGCCGGCAAGCCCUUUGCUCAACGUCCCGGCCCAGCCGCCUCAACUACCUCAGCCUGCAGGACAAGCACCUGCACAAACUUCUCCUGCUGUCCCUGCUCCAGCUUCUCAGGCACCUGCAGCAGGAGCUCCUCCAUCUGCGCAGGUAAGGCCAGGAGCCUCUGGGGAAGACCCACCAGAAGCGGAAACAGUUCGUUUUUGCAUUUAUAUCCCACUUUUUCCUCUGAGGAGCUCGAGGCGACACACAGAGCUCUCUUCCUUCGCAGUGUAUCCCCACAGCAACCCUGUGAGGCAGGCUAGGCUGAGAGGCAGUGGCUGGCUCAAGGUCACUGGCCCAGGGAGCUUCCUAGACAAGUGGGAAUUUAAACCCUUGUCUCCCAGGUCCUACUUUGGCACUCUAACUCAUGGGUAGGCAAACUAAGGCCCGGGGGCCGGAUUUGGCCCAAUCGCCUUCUAAAUCUGGCCCGCAGACGGUCCAGGAAUCAGCAUGCUUUUACAUGAGUAGAAUGUGUCCUUUUAUUUAAAAUGCAUCUCUGGGUUAUUUGUGAGGGAUAAAAAGGUAAAGGUAAAGGUAAAGGGACCCCUGACCAUUAGGUCCAGUCGUGGCCGACUCUGGGGUUGCGGCGCUCAUCUCGCUUUAUUGGCUGAGGGAGCCAGUGUACAGCUUCCAGGUCAUGUGGCCAGCAUGACUAAGCCGCUUCUGGCGAACCAGAGCAGCACACGGAAACGCCGUUUACCUUCCCGCUGGAGCAGUGCCUAUUUAUCUACUUGCACUUUGAUGUGCUUUCGAACUGCUAGGUGGGCAGGAGCAGGGACCGAGCAAUGGGAGCUCACCCCGUCGUGGGGAUUCGAACCACCGACCUUCUGAUCGGCAAGUCCUAGGCUCUGUGGUUUAACCCACAGCGCCACCCGCGUCCCUAUUGUGAGGGCGUUAAUUAUUCCCCCCCCCCAAAAAAAUAUAGUCUGGCUCCCCACAAGGUCUGAGGGACAAUAGACCGGCCCCCUGCUGAAAAAGUUUGCUGACCUCUGAGUCACUAAACCACACCAUAAGACCAGCGGGGAAAAGGGUUAAGCAGCUGCUGUCCAUGCAGCCUUCCCCAUACUGCUUUGGCUAUAAAACAAGUACAUGCAUUCUUUCUGGCGAAGAGGACGUGAAUUGCAAAGUUCCUGGCCGAAAUGUCCCUUCAGCCACGAGCAAAGUAGGUGGUCUAGCCGUCCCUCUUUUUUUCCAGUCUCCUUGUCUGUGAGACAGGAUCGAGAGCAGCUGACCUACCCUAUAGGGCUGCUUGGAGAGACCUUAGGACCUUUCUGCGCAAAACCCAUCACCACCCCAAUGUCCUCUGCUUUUCGGGCGACGGAGUGUUUUAAUGCAAGCCCUGCCUUUUGCAGAGGGCGUGGAACUCAGUGGAGGAGCAGCCAAUGAGAUGGCUUUCCUCACCCAGGGCGAAACCAGCCCGUUCUGGAGCGUGUCCCACUGCUUGCGGGUGCUCUGGAGGCAGUCGGACGGCGAUUGCUCAUGUAUUAUAGCAAAUAGCUGUCCUUGGAGCCGGGGUGAGGCCUGCAAGGCUGGACGGGCGGGGGAAGCUUCCUCACCCCGUGAUCCUAAUAGGCCUGCUGGGAAUGGUCCGGCGGUGAUUUGUGGCCAGAGCAACACUCGAGGGCUUCAGCGUUUUUCCUAGAAGUGUUUUCAUGGGUUUUUGGGAAGGAGGCUAUAUAUAAACCCCUCUGCGCUCACAGGGCUCCUGUUCUCUCCCUGACAGCCCAUUAAUCUUGGGGAGACAAACCUUGGCGCCCUGUGUUCCUGGAUUCCAGCUGGCUGAAAUUAAAUAGGACGGACUUGGCUUAGGGUCUGCAGAUGUUCUCUGUGUGAGCAGGCCCAGCAAUUAAACGCUUGAGGGAGCCCCCGGCCUCCGCUUUGAAACAAUCCCUCAAUGUGCGUGGUUUUGCUUCUCUGCCACUUCCCAGCAGCUGGAAGGUACGGCAGCUGUGGCUUCGCUGACAUCAAGGGAGCGCGAUGUGGCUCCCCAGCGCAGGAUUUCAGGGAAUCUCUUAAUCUCAUCCCCCUUGUGACCUAGGCGGCCAUUUGUGGGCUGCGUCUGAUCCGUGUCCUAUCUUCUUCUACCCCCCCCAGCUCUAUUUAUGGCUCCUGUAUAUCAAGGAACCACUUCUACGCUUGUAGGCACCUCUCCUCUUGUGGAACUAGGCUGGGCCAGUGGUUGUGGGACCACCCUGGGAGAUCUUGAGGCAUAGGAAGUUGCUUUAUACCAGCUCAAAGUGUUUGUCCACUUGGCCUGCGCAUUUAACUGCUCUGACUGGGUGGCAGUUGGAGCCAACAACAUCUGGAAGGCCAUUUGUUCUCCAUCCCUGAACUAAAUCAGCUGUUAAGCGAAGAGGGCGCUGAUGCAAUAACAAGCGCUUCAGACCUAUGUUGAAAUGAAUAGAGUUGGCAGGUGCCUGAAAGUCUGAAUACCCACAUCUCCUUGCAAACAGGGGCAGCCACCCAUCAGCCCCUGCCCCAGUGUACAAAGCUGAACAUACUCAAUCCAUAUUAGAAUAUAGCACCUGCAGUAAGUAUGUGCUCUGCGGAAAGUCUUGUUUAAUCAUUGUGAUUUUAAUUUCCUUGGUGGGGCAAAGGCUUUUUUUUUUUUGCUGCUGCUUCUUUUUAAGAAGACUGUCUUGCUCUGGGUUGGAUCAAUGCUGCGCUGGAUUUCUCUGUGCUUUAGUUCCUGAGAGAGCUGCAAACCAUUGUGUGGAAAAAUGGUUUAAUAAAGGAAGAAACAUUAAAAAAAAAAAACCAGGUUCCUUUGGAGCAAAUGAUUAAAACAAACAAGUGAAGCCAUGUAGUGCAAUAAGACGCCAAAAUAAUAAGUAGUUGUAAAUUAACCCCACCGGAUCAGUAGCCAGUUUGACUCGGGGCACAAGAGGCCUGUGUUUUGGGAGGGGGCAGGGAGAGAGAUCUGCCCUAUGGAAUAUUGCUUGAGAUACUGCCAGUCGUGAAACACUGAAGAAAAUUCAUCCAGCGAGUCGUCCCAAGGGAGUUUUUUUAAUCGGUUCCAUCUCUGUGUCACCACAUUUGUUUGCUUUCUGCCUGUCCAAAAUAGUCUCAUUUGCUGCCUGAUCAUCUUACAAUGCUUUUGUGUGUUUUUUUAAAACACAAGACACACAUUGAUUUUUUUAAAAAAAAAACACAAAUUUAUUUAUUUUUUAAAAAAGUUGGCCCUUCCUCUUUUCCCCCCAAAAGGCACCUCCUGCAACAGCCCCAGCGCAAGAGGAAAUGAAAGUCCCCAUCAGCCUUGUUCUAAGGUUAAGGUAAGCAUGUUCUUGCAAAUGUCUCCAAGGCUUAAAUCACCCGGCUGUUGUUCAACUCCCAUCCUUGACAGGAGUGGCUUUUUGGGUGGGGUUUCCAAGAUGGCAGCCUCCAUAUGUUGUUGCACUGCAACCCCCAUCAGUCCCAACUAGCAUUGCUGCUGGUUUAGGUUUGAUGGGGAAUUAGAGUUCAUCAAGAUCUUUCAAAGGCACCAUGACAUCCACCCUUGCUCUCUCUGUGGUCCACUGGGUGGGGCUUGACUUGGCCCCAAGGAGAGGUGGGUUCAGAUCUCAUGAACUUUCCAUGGCCAUGUAUGACCUAAAUUCUCCUCGCCUGUAAGUAUAUCAUUGCCGUUAAUAUUUUCAAUCUUGGGAGCUUUUCAGCACCCCACUCUAGGAAACGGGCUUAGUACCUGGCAGCUCUUUGUUGGAGCACAAUAUUUCUUUUUCGAGAUUUCACACCAAGAAAAUCCAAUUACCGUAUUUUAAGCUCUAUAGGACACACUUUUCCCCCUCCAAAAAUUAGGGGAAAUGUGUGUGCGUCCUAUGGAGCGAAUGCAGGCUCCUUGGCUUCAGCGAGAGCAACGCGAAGCCUCCGAAGCGCAGAGGGAGCACUCCCUCCGCGCUCUGGAGGCUUCGUGUUGCUUUUGCUAAAGCCUGGAGAGCGAGAGGAGUCAGUGUGCACCGACCCCUCUCGCUCUCCAGGCUUCAGGGAUAGCCGCCUGAAGCCUUUGGAGCGCAGCGUGAGUUCCCACUGUGUUCCGCAGGCUUCAGGUUCCUUUCACUGAAGCCAGGAGAGCAAGACUCUCCUGGCUUCACCAGAGAGGGAGAGCUGCGCAGUGCCCCUUCAGCCAAGCAGGAGGAGAAAUGGAAGGGGCUCCGUUUCUCCUGCCGCUCUGCUGAAGGGGCGCUGAGCAGAGGGGGGGAGAAUUUUUUUCCCUUGUUCUCCCCCUCUAAAACAAGGUGCGUCCUAUGGUCGGGUGUGUCCUAUAGAGCGAAAAAUACGGUAAUUUGGCAAGACUCUUUGGCUGAGGCUUAAUUUUUGCAUCGGAAAAGCACACAGUUCAUUAAAGUAACUAUACACAGAGAACCAAGGUGCCUCUCAACAGGCAGUGCCAACUGAUGAACCCAGUAAUAGAACAACGUGGUCACGUACUUAAAGAUGUGUCAGAGGCUUGAAUGCAUUUCGACCUCACGACUUCUGUGGGAAACGAUGCGAUUUAAAAACAAAACCACACCGUGGGAAUGGUGGAAAAGUCGAUUCAGUUUUGCAUUUUUAAGCCAGCUGUGACCGGAUUUGCACCACCCAGACUAAUACACAAGAUCGGAACGUAAAUAUCCUUUUGGAUUCUGUGCUUCUUCGAAUUUUGCAAUAACAGCCCUCUGCUCAAAAACUGUACCGAAAUAUGUACCAAAAUACAAAACACGUAUUCUAGACUAAAUACUGUUACGAAUGUGUUUAUUAAGGCAAUAUGUUACAGUUUUGUUGUUUUGUUUUUUUAAAAAAAUCAAAUUAAUGUAGAAAUGGGAUGGAACAGACUUCUGAAAGAACACAUGGAGAAUUGACAUGGGCUGCAAACAGAUGGUCCAUGCAUAGGCACACCCACAGCCCAAAGAGUAUAAAUCCUUGUAAUGUUUGUAGUGCUUAAAAAAUGUAUGAAAAUAUGUUCAUUGCUCAGACCACUCAAAAGUAAUCCUUAGAACAUUUCAUACUGAAAUAGGUAAUACUACCUAGAACAGGUUUCUGCUUCUUGUGCAUGCCUGAGCCCAGGCCCACUCCAUCCAUGCGCUGAACACAUUAAUGAAAAGUGCUCAGGCAGGCCCCAUAAUGUAUUUGCUCUAACAUUAAGGGCUUCAGCUAAAGAGCAUAUGCACUCAGGUGUAUGAUUCGCCAACAAAUAUUUGCAUUUACGUGUUAUGUGAAAAAUCCGAAAGAGAUGUAAAGUUGAAUUGUGGGUCAUCCAUACAGGAUGUAAAAACAUCCUUCUACACAAACAAAACUGUGGGCAGACCUCCUUUUUAUCGUGCUUGGCUAUAAUUUGGCAUAGCGUUGCUAGGGCCAGAUAAAACGUGCCUGGGAUCUGCAACCCAGGCUUUUCGUUCACCGUCCUUGCUUUCGUCUACAGAGUAAAAAAAUAAAUAAAUGGCUUUGUGUUUCAUCUCUCUUCUCUUCCUCAACAGGAAUUCAAAGAAAGAACUCAACGACAUUCGAUUCGAGUUCACCCCUGGGAGAGGUGAGAUAUGGGUACGGGAAAGAGAAACGUGCUGGAAGUUAUUGAGUAACUUGGGUGCAGAAUGUUCUGGGUUGAAUCUCCAGCAUCGCCAAGCAGGAAAGAUCCCUCACUCUGGAACCACAGAGAUCCAGUGGCAGCAAGAAUAGUUCAUCUGAGCUAGACGCGGCCUCCCUUGGUAUAAGGCGACUUCCUUUGUUGCGGCUGCAGACAUGCUGCGGAUGUUCCACCUGCAUGUUUUGUGUUUAACCUUAUGGUAGUUGCUCAGAGGAACGCUGGUGGCGCUGUGGGUUAAGCCACAGAGCCUAGGACUUGCCGAUCAGAAGGUCAGCAGUUCGAAUCCCCGUGACGGGGUGAGCUCCCGUUGUUCAGUCCCUGCUCCUGCCAACCUAGCAGUUUGAAAGCACUUCAAAGUGCAAGUAGAUAAAUAGGUACCGCUCCGGUGGGAAGGUAAACGGCCUUUCCGUGCGCUGCUCUGGUUCGCCAGAAGCGGCUUAGUCGCGGGGAUUCAAACCGCCGACCUUCCUAGGCUCAGUGGUUGGGCUUAAUCAGAGUUGGGGUUCAGACUCCUCUGAGCACACACAGAGCGCUUUUUCUUCCCAAAUGAGAAAUCCCAGCUCGAUCCUAUUAGUCUGGGAUUAGGAGGUGCUACUUUUAGGUAGGGCUGGAUCCUUAGAAGCUCUGUUUUCAAUUAAAGAAAUUAUUCUUUCCCACCUCUUUGCAUACAAUCCAUUUGAGGCAUUUUAAGUAAAAUAUAAUGCAGAACGAUGCAUAAUAUAAAACCAAUCUAAAAAGAAGAAGAAAAAGGUAAAUGCCUGCAAAUUGUGAACUCUGAAUUUGUUUUAGACCACUUGUGUGCAGAUGUGAUGGUCUCUUAAUUACGAUCUUUCCAGAUACUGCGGAUGGGGUAUCCCAAGAACUCAUCUCGGCUGGGCUUGUCGAUGGCAGAGACUUAGUAAUAGGUAAUAGUGCACAUUUCAUGUUCACCUUAAUCCCAUACUGGAUUUGUGGAUACAAGUUGCUGUAUUUCUUCCCAGGACAGGGAGGGGGAAACUCCUUCAUUGUUAACUAGGUCGUCUCUUCCCAGUAUUUUAGGGAAGCUUGUUCAGAAUGAAAAUGCUUAAGUACUCCGUCUUUGAGUGUGUCCACCCUCUGUCGUUUCAGUUGCUGCCAACUUACAAAAAAUUGUGGAAGAGCCCCAGACGAAUCGAUCUGUCACUUUCAAACUGGUAUAUUUACUAUUUCCCCCCCUUAUUAACCUGGUCUGUGUUAAAAGGGUGUGUCUGCUCUAGGCUUCUUUGGGGCGCUGAUUCUUCAACAGUAAUCCCUGGACGAUGGGUAUCUAGUGGGGGACCCACACAGUCAUAGCAGAAAUAAGGCAGGGGGUCUAUUUUCAGGGGCUUUGGGGAUCAGUUGAGUUGCGAUUAAUCUUUGUAAUUUAGAUACACCCAGAUCAAAAAGUGGGGUUAAAAUAUCGUUUCCUCUGUGAAUGAUGCUUGGGGACAUGGGCCAGUCUUUUUGUAGUCAGAUUGGCAUCAUCUUUGCUCCAGGGUGGAAAGAUCAGCUUGCCUGGGGGAAUAGCCCAGAAUAGCCCAAUGAGGGCUUGGAAUGCCAAGUGUCUCUUGAGAAGAAAAUCUGGGGGAGGGGGGUAAUGAAAUGGAGUUUCUGGAAGAGGGCAUGGCUGGCUGGCUGGCUGGCUGGCUGGCUGGCUGGCUGGCAGGAAUUCUGAACAGGAGCGUUCCAUGGUGCUUUGGAAAAACGCCUUUGAAAAUUCAACCGGGACCCGGGACAAAAUAUUGCAAAUGCCAAAUUGAACUACAUUCUGCACAACGGCACAGUUUAAUGUAAUGUGGUGGCUUUAGACAUGCUUAGUGGUGAGCAUUUCUGAUAAAGGAGGAUUUGAUAACUUCGAAAUACUUGCCCCCACCAUCUAGCCCUUUUCUCUGUGUCUCACAUGUUCUCUUAAAGCUGCAUCAGAAUGCAGAAGGAUGUGAGUUUUAAUUUUGGUCUGCAGAGAACAUAAAAAAAAGUAUAAGUGUGGUCUGCUGUGACUAGAGUCUCGCUUGCUGUUUUAGCGAAUUGCUUCCUUGUCCAUAUGCACCAGGGUUUGCACUCGUGACAGUCUCCCCAUUCAUGCUCCCCACACCUCUGUACUUCACAAGGUGACUGUGCAACAGAAGCGGACUAUGGCAGUCUCUGUCACUUUGGUGAAGUGCAUGGGGAGGGGGCACGGAAAUAUUUCUCACACUUCUGAUUUCUCACCGAGGCAUCACUCUCACAUAUUCCAACUGUUCUCUUUCUGCUUUGUUUUGUUUAAAAGCAAGGUUGCAGACCUCAUGUUUGCUCGAGGUAGUGGGUCUUUCCCCCCUCUUUUUUCCUUAUUCUUUGUGGUCCCAGGUCACUCUUAUCCAAAACUCUGCCCCGCAAGUGGCCUAUAUUGGAAGGCAUAGGGAACACUGGUCACCUAACUUUGCCAAAUGUUUUUGCAAGUUCAGUUUUUGCAAUAGUACCUUCAGAGGAGCUCCUGGUUCAACUUCCAUCUUAUAUGGAAGUUUGAUUUGCUUCUGUUAGAAACUCACCUUUGAUUCCCUGGGACUCAAAGACUGUGUUCAGGUUGCCUUCGCUACCUUUCUGUAAAGAUUUGUUGACCGGCUACUGCUGCUCUUUUUGAACCACUUUCUGAUAUAUUUAUCAUUUUGCUACUAUUCAUAUUUAAAUAUUUACAGGCCACACUUUUCGCAAAGCUACUGCAGGGCUGGGUUACUUAUAUUUGACUGUUUCCACUGAUUCUUAAUUUUCUCUUUCCCGUGGCUCUUUUCUUAUUUUGGCGAGGGUUGCUAUUCUUGUUUAAUCGACAGCAAACUGUAUUGCAGGGGGUUGGACUGGACCUUUGGGUCCCUUCCAGCUGGGCACUUCUGUGAUUCUAUGACCCACGACUGUCUGGCCCGGCUGGCAACUCUGCCUCAGCACUGCGAAAUCCAGGCAUACUUCUUCACGUAGAAUUCCAGGGUGUUGGGUUUUUGUUGUUGUUGUUGUUAAUGGUUUGCGAUUUUUGAAAAUGGUUUGUGGAAAGCUUCUCUCCUCCAUGAUGCUUACCGCUGUUGGACUUCCCCGCCCCCUCUGUUCUCCAGGCAUCUGGCGUCGAAGGCUCCGAUAUCCCCGACGACAGCAAGCUGAUUGGGUUUGCUCAGCUCAGCAUUAACUAAAACUACACUCCCAGACGAUGGUUCCCCCCCCCAACGGGUGCAGCCUUGAACGCUUCUGUCAGCCUGAAAAGCAAAACCACUACUGCCAAAGAACCAAACUACAGCUCCCUUUCUUAGAAGCUUUAACCUCGUUUGUUUCCCGAGUCGCAUCGCAGCGCCUCCCCACCGACACCACCAUUGCAGACAGCUGGCUUCUCGGCCACGUUUCCUUCAUCCCAGAUGUGCAGACUCAGCCUUCCAUUGCCUGCAUGUUUGUAGUUUUUAUAUGAUUAUUAUUAUUAUUAUUGCCUUAACUAUUUAAAGUACAAAAAAGAAAGAAAGAGAAGGAGGAGCCAGAAAUACUACUGAGAGUACGACACGGGGCUUCCACUACUCUUAACAACUACCCCGGCGCGAUUCGUGUGCCUGUCCGUUUCUUGAUUCUAUGUCGAAUCAGGUUUUUAUCCCCCCCCCCCCCCGUGUGGUUGUUGCUCCAUUGCAGAAGGGGGGUUGCUUCACUUUUGGGUCCACUUUACCAGGCAUUGGGGGGAAAAAAUACUUUUAAAACUACAGGAAUGGCAAGCUAUUCUAGCAUGUCAGAAAUCCGGAUGGGCUCUUGCAAACCCAACAAAGUCUUAAGAGAGAGUCUUAAGCCUUAGGCUUAGCAAUAAACCAUUAAGGGAUCUUAUUUAAUGGGUCUACGGCACGAAAGAAAUGGAUUAGCCUUAAUUCCUCCUCGCCCCCUUCACAUUAAUGCAAAAUAUAGCAUUUGGGAAGGGGAACUAUCAGGGUAUCGUUUUGUUGCUGCUGCUUUUUUCGUUACUUUUCACCAUCCGCAAUCUUGUCAGGCCACUUUCCAACGUGUUUGUCUCUAGCGGAGGGGUGGUGGACCUGUUGUUGCCCCCCCCACACACGUCCCAUCUGUCCUAUCCAGCAUGAGCAACAAUCAGGGGGCAUGGAAGUUGUGGUCCAAAAGCACCCAGAGGAGGGUUGCGGGCUUCCCAUCCUUGCUCUAAAGCGGCAAGCCAGAACCUCUGCAUACUUCUGCUGCUGUUGCCACCAUGCCCAAAUCACCGUUGUUUGAAAAGCGUUGGCUGCUGGGAAGUUUGGGAAGGCUGGCCUUUGCAAUCCCUGUUUUCCCAUCGGGGGUGGUUUCCGUAACAACGUUUGUGAUGGGCGUCCCUUGCUGAAAGGAGAUUGGGUGGAGCAGUGGGACUGGAGAGCCCUAAAUAUUGGGCUGCUUUGUAAAACGAAGAAGUUCCCCAACCCCCAGGAAUUUUGCCAUGCUGUUAUCAGGCUUGCUGCGUCCCCACAAAUCCACACAGUCAUUGGGUGAGUUUCAAACCUCCUGACUUCGUAAUCCUGGGAAUUGUAGCUGUGUGGUUAGCAAUGCAUAGGCCGGCCUCUUCUAAUUUGUUAAGCCUCCAGUUGUUGCUAAACCACAACUCCCAUUAUCCUUGAUCACUGUCCGGGGCUGAAGGGAGUUGGGAGUCCAAUAUUCCCUGGAGGUGAGCAUCUUGGUCUCUCUGGAGAUGAGCAUGUUGCCAAAAAGAAAAAGGAAGGCAAGGGAAAUCUCAGCUUGCUAAGCUGGCUGCAAGUCCCAGAACUCUUUUGCAAAACUUGGGUUGCUUCUUCAAAUGAUACACAUUUCCCCUCACUGUGGGAUUUUCUCUGCAACCGUUUUUGAGAAGGGAGCCCUUUGUAAGUAGACUACGUUGCUGGAGGUUGUAAUUGCGCAAAGUUUGGCUGGGGUGGUUUAACUGUGCAAAGUCGUAGAUGUGUGGUUUGACGCAUUCAUAAAACCAGAUGUUCUCUGUACAUGGUUGCUAAGAACAAAAGUUGACCAUGCCUUCUGGCAGUUGGAAGCUCUGUAUUUGUGUGUGUGUGUGUGUGUGUGUGUGUGUGUGUGUGUUUCAGCCGAAGCAAAUCUUUCCUGUUCUUGUUCUCAGAAUUUUCCUUUGGUGUGUUCAAGAUAGAAAAUGCAUUCAUCCUCUUUCCUCCCCCCCCCCCCCUGCACAGACUGGUACAUAUGGAACCACCCCUAUUCUGUUUUUACAGCAAUAAGAUAAAUAAAUAGAUUGCCGGUAGAUUCAUACAUGGCAAGAUUAAGCUCUGGACAAUUUUGUCUCUCUUGCUGCACUAAUUGCUUGGAAUUUGCAAAAUUGAUUUUUUUUUAUACUCUCCAGUGUGAGCAUCAGAGUUUGAUCAAGAUGAUAUAACUGAAACCAAUAUAGCUUGCGUUUAGUAUUUUUUAAAGAAAUGAGUAUCUGGUGGGGUGUGUGCGUGCGUGUGUAUGUGUAUGGUUUUUUUCUUUUCUUUUUUGAAUUUCUACAUAUAAAUUAUACUUUUUAGUUUGGAAAAAAAGCAACACUUGUAAUGCAAUAUGUGAAUAAUAAAAUGGUGUAGAUUCUUCCCUCUCCCACAAGUCUCCCCUCCCCCCCCCCACUUUAAACACAGUCCAGUUGGUCCUUUCGUGUAUCCCCGCUCUGCUUUUGAAGCGUAGAGAAACUGUAGGCAGUCUGUGAUGGGUGAAUUUAAAUCCCAGAUAAAGGAAUUGAGUUCUCGUUUCUCGCCCUACAGCCUUCCAGUGUACUUGGAAUUGGCUCAGUCGGCACAUUGCAAUGCCAAUCUCUUAACCAGAGUUAAACUCCCUGGAGCUGGCUUACGGAUUCCUUCCUUCCUUCUCGUUGACUCUCUUUCCAGGGCAAAUUCCUCCUUGUUACUUGGGCUUUAUCUGUGGUUCUGCUCCAGCUUUAACCGGAAUUAACUUUCCAAGCAUGCAUCUGAAGCUGCUCUGUUAACUUGGGUUAAGGCAGAUCCUGGUUAACGUUUCUGCAAAACCAUGGCUACGACCGAGAAGGAAGCUGGGGAAAGAGAGGAUGGAGCUUGCAAGUUUUGCACCUCACAUCUAACCUCUUAACUGGGAUUUAAGGCACACAAACGCAACCUGGUGCCUUCAGGGGUUUUGGACCACAAUUUCCAUCUGCCCAGUUGUGAUCCAAAACACUUGAGGGCCCAGGUUGGGGGGGAACUGAUAGAAGAGACGUGUGCACUGGCCCACUCUGGUUGGGGGGUGGGUUUCAAUUCAGUUAGGAAUCUCUCGGGUUUCCCCCCCAUUUAACCAAUUAUAUUUAUAUAUUUUUCACUCUAUCGGCAGUGACAGAAGCUUCCUUCACUCCCUCACACACAAGUUUUUGCCAUGUUUGCUUUUAAAGAGAAAAUAACAAUUCCUAAAAACAAAACAACCCCCCCCCCAAAAAAACCUGUAGUUUAUUCGCUCUACCGGUAGGUCACGCGCAAAAACUGCUACAAGCGUGGAGGCAAAACGAAGAAAGGAUAGGAAAGGGCCACAUCGCAGUGGUGUCAAAGAUGCAGAGUGUGAAACAAAAGAGACCCAUUCGAAUUCUGAGUCUGUGUUAGAAGAUCUAGUUCUGUCCGCCUCGCCCCCUCUGAGAGCACCACAUUCACCCCCCCAUCUCUUACUUUCUUUUAAAACCUGCAUGGGUGGGGUGUAACACUAAGCAGUCCCGGGACUACUGUUUCCGAGGGGGUGUGUGUCUCUGACCAGGGUGCGGGGGUCCCCACUUGAUUGAUGGGAGUGGCGGAGGCUCCGCCGCAGUCUCGUUUCCUUGAAUCCAUUGCCUGCCUUUGGCUGGCGGCGCGUCCCUUUGGAGCCUGUGAUGUCAUGCCACUAAAGUGGGCAGGGCUUGCCUCAAGCCCCACCCCCUUGUAGGAUGAUGAUGAUUCAAAAAGGUGGGUGGAGCUUGUGGCUGAAAUGGGCCUCAGGUGAGGAGCCAGGUGGGCGAAGCUUGGAGGGCAAGUAGAAGGCACCCCCCCGCACCCCCCACUCUUCCCACCCUGUCUUCAGCUAUGAAGACCAAAUUAUUCUGGUACAGUAUUACUUCACUUUUGCCUGCAUGCCGUGCGAACCUUGUUGUACUCUACACUGGGACGGGAGUCCAGCCUAAUCCAGUGCAAUGAUGCAGUAUCUAUUUAUUUGCUCCCAUCUCUGUCUAACCCAAGUCUAGCGGACAAGAGUAUCCAUGCUGGCCGUUCUCCUUGUAAUUUUAUUUUAUUCUGUCUUAAUGAGCCUUCACUCCCCUUGCUAUUAGAAAUUUCUAGGCACGUGUCUCUUGGUAAUAGUUUCCUUUUUUUCCUUUUGUGUUUUUUUUUGCCUGGGAUACUAAAACGUGCUAGACGACUGUUUUGUUCUCGAGGUUCAAAGUGCCAAUGAUUUUAUUAUUUUAUAUUUUAAUUUUUUUGGCGGGGGGUAAGGAAUUAUUUCUAACCUUUUUACCCUUAACGGAUCAGAGGGGUUUUUUUAAAUUUUUAUUUUGGGUAAAUUCUGAACUUGAACCUAGAAAUCAGUUGGUAUUUUUUUAAAAACUUAGUUGAUACUCUUAGGGAUGAUGAUGGUGUAUUAAUAUAACAGGAACCUCUACACGAUUUUGGUGUACUGUAGAUUUUAAUGAAAGAUGUAAAAUAUUCAGCCUUUUCCCUCCCCCCUUUGACUUUGUAUUUUACUGCAUGUACUUCUCUAAUUUUUAAUCAAUAAAAAAAAUGUCCAUUGCUU